GGGAGGGGAGCCGCCGCUGCCGCGCGUGCGCAGAGGGCGCCGCGAGUGGGGAGGGUGCCCCUGCCGAGGAGGCAAACGAGCAAGGGAGGGUUUAUCGGGCGGCCGAUUUUGAUUAAAAUAUUCAAAAUGGCGGACGGAGGAGCAGCGAGUCAAGAUGAGAGUUCGGCGGUGGCGGUGGCGGCAGGUAAUCAUUACUGCAUUUUACAUAUUCAUAUUCAUACUCGCACACGCGGGCGCCCCCCCCUCCGCCGCCCGCCUUCCCCGCUUAGCAUAAUUUAUUAGUACUCAGGAUUAUUAUAAUUAACGGCACAGGAGGGAGCUGGGGGGUGGCCGCCGUGCGGGGGAAAAGCGAGAGGCGCACGGAGGGACACGCGGGCACCGGGGGACGGGGGGCAACGGGCAGGGUCCCCCACCACCACCACCCUCGCCCUGAGGAGCCCUGCUCGGGCAGCUAGGCCGGGCACCACCGCCGCCACCACGAAGCCGCUUUACAUAUUCAUAUAGACUGUAUAAUAGGGGUAGCGGCGGAAAAGCGAGGCGGGGGGGGGGGCUUCGUCAUAAUGACCGGGGUGUGGAGGGAGGGGGGGUGUCGGCGGUUGGGAAGAAGGGACGGAGCGGCGGGCGCGCAGCACCUUCCCCCUCAGCCUCCUCACCGGUCCCCGGGUGCAACCGCACCCCCCGGCCCCUCUGGUGUCGCAUUGGACGGGGAGGGAGGGGGCGGAGGAGGGAGAAGUCGUGCAUUUAUUCCUUUCUAUUUUCUUAGCGCCUCGGCUCCCGCCCUGCAACGGCCCCCCCUCCGCCCCUUUCCCAAGGCAGCCCUGUUUCCCCCAGAGGCCGAGGCCUGCGCGCCAAACAAGGGGUGUUUGGGGUUACUCUCGGGGUAGGGCUGCCUGGCCUAAGGGGAGGGAGAGGGGCGGCAGUGGGAGCUUGCUCCUUCCGUGUGUGUGUGUGUAAGAAAGAGAGAGAGAGUGCGCGUGCAAAUUGGGAGUGUGUGUGUGUGUGUCUGUGUGCCCCCUACAGGAAAUCUAUAAGGGGCGGCUUGUCUCCCCCCCACCCCACCCGGAGGUGUCUGGGGCUGCCCUGACAAAUCUUCGCCUGCCCUUCUGCGAGGUGGAGGGAGCCCUUGAGUGGCUUGCACCGGAUCAUAGCGGCGGGGGUGGGAUGGGGGGGUGCGGCGGCAGAGGAGGAGGGAGACGACACUUGACAAUGCCUUGUCUCUCGUCCCCGUCUUAUUAUUAUUAUUAUGGGGUGGCCGGGUCAGGGUUCCGGGGUGGCCGGCUGGCCGCGAGCGGACUGUGGCUGCUUUCUAAUUCUCCCUCCCUCCCUCCCUCCUCCUCCCCCAACCCCGUCUCUGGUCUCUUUCUCUCUCAUUUGAAUAAUGUCUAAUUCGGGGAGGUUUAUAUUAUUGAAAUGGCCGCCCGGCUUUCCCCGCCUCUCAUGUUUAGUAAUUCAGGCCUUUAAUAACAGCCACUCAGAGCCCAAUGCCGUGUUUAUAUUUUACAUUCGCCCCAUGUGCUUUUGUGGUUCAAUAUGAUUCUUCUUUCUCGCUCUCUGGCUUUUUUACAUUUUCUUGGCAACGAGCAGGGCCUUGAGAUCAAACCCAGGCUGUAUGGAGGGGAGGGAGGAAAGCUAGGCCCGGACUCCUUUGGCAGGCGCUUAGGCCUCACUCUCUGCUGCUUGAUUUAUUUACUAAUAACCAAAAUGCCCCCUCUCAGCCCCGACAGCAAAAACAAAACCCUCCUGGGGCAUGAGCAGCAUCAGAUCUGCUCACAGCUCCUCUCUCUCUUUCUCUCUCCCCCUUCCCUUCAUGCCUCAAAUAUAAGGGGCUUAUUUUUAAUUUAUAGCAACAACAGGACUUUCUAAGCUGCUCCUUAUAGAGCAGUGGAGGUGGGGGGGGGGGCUUUCUUCUCUCUUUGUCCUGAUUGACUUUUUCAUGUAGAAAAGAACAGUUUCUCACUUACAGUCUGAGGGACUGUGAAAACUGCAUCUCCCUGAAAUUAGCAAUUCAGUUACUUGUAAUAAAUAUAGUAUGUAUUAUCAAGCAAUGAUAGAAUAGGUGACAAUCUAGACACUACAACCUACAUUAUAAAUUAUGUGCAAUAAUCUGAGAUGUUAUUAGAAAUAACUUCCAUUUUGAUAUUUAGGAUCUGAAUGAUGUGGACAGAAUAUGUUUGGUAUAUAAUUCUGUUGUCUCCUUUAAAGCUAGUAGAUGUUUAUUAAAGCUAAAAAUGAUUAUGAGUGGUCAAAAAAGAGUGAUUGAAAAAGGAUGAAUGUUCCUUGUACUUCAUGAAACUAGGAACACUUUUUUAGUUAAAACAAACAUUUCAAUUCGGCACAAUGCCUAGUAAGUUACAGUAGCUCUCUCCCUAAUUAUUUUAAAGGUGGUAUCUAUUAAUAUAGUGCUAGCACACUUGACAGAUUUAUGUAGGCCUCAUUAGUGACCAUUCUCUUCAAUCUGUGCAGAAAAAUAACCUGACAGCAGGAUAUUUUACAGUAUCUAUGUCUGAUUAAUAUUGAACAGUCCUUGAAGCAUGACUAUGAGCUGCAUAUACAGGAACAGUUUGUAUUUUUGUAAAUUUCAUGAUGUUUUUAUUUUAUUUUAAAGUAAUUGGUCUUCUGCCUUUUUUCACCCUUACAAAGUUUUCCCUUUCAUGGUAUUGGCCAGACAAAAAUGUAAUAUGAUUUUAUGCCUUAGAAGCAUAUGUUUCUGCACCUAUUUAAAAAGAUGUGGUCCAGCUGAUGAUGUCACUAGCCAGAGGACAAGGUGCAGUUAAUUUGAUUUAUUGACCUGGAGCUAGGUGUAGUGGUGAAGCCUUCUCAUAGGGAAACCAUUUAUCUGAAGACAAUUUCAUUUCUAGCUACAAUUCAACCACUGCUGUGGCCAUAGAUAUUUUAUCCUGAAUGAUAAAAAAUAUACCGUAUUUUUCACCCUAUAGGACGCACUUUUUCCCCUCCAAAAAUGAAGGGGAAAUGUGUGCAUCCUAUGGGGCGAAUGCAGGCUUUCGCUGAAGCCUGGAGAGCGAGAGGGCUCCGAGGGUUGCGCAGAGCUGCCUCCAGUCCCGGGCUCAGCACAGCUCUGCGCGGCCAUCGGGAGCCAGGCACGAAGCCCCACCCAGCUCCCGAUGGCCGCGCAGAGCUGCCUCCAGUCCCGGGCUCAGCGCACUUCUCCCCAUCGCCAGCCCCACAAGCUUGGGGGACAGCGGGGAGGCGGAGCACGCCUUCCCGCUGUUCCCCGACCUGGUUCUUCCAGCCCUGCACCUGGGGGGGGGGAAUUUUUUUUCUUUAUUUCCCCCCCAAAAAACUAGGUGCGUCCUAUGGGGCGCAAAAUACGGUAUAUCACAUCUUUAUUGCAGCUGACAAUUUAAUAAUUUUCAAAGGAUGUUUUGCUAACUGCAAAUUCUGGUGUGUAAGGGAAGAGUUGGAGUUUUAUAAACCCAGGAGCCUACUAGCUUCUCCAUUUUUGGACUAAAACUGAUAAUUCUGUGUUCCUUUACUUUGUCUUAGUUUUUAUUUAUUAAUACUAAGUAAGGCCCCUUACUAUUAUUUACCUGGAAUGGGUUGUAGAUCUAAUAUUGUCAUUUUACUAGGAUGUUUUCUCCAGCUGUGGCACAAGUUUUAUUUCUUAUCAGCCAUUGAUUCUGAUAGGUUAAAUUGAAGUUCCAUUAUGCUGUUUGUAUGUAGCUUGUGGGGGAAAAACAUUUGGUCUCCCCCUCAACCCAGAGUGGCUCAUGUAUUAUUCUGUUCUCUCUCAUGGCCCUUAGGUUGCUUGAAUGAAACUGAAAUAGUGUUCUAAGCUGUUGUAAUCAUCUGUGGUUGUAAUCACCUGUGGUCUUUAACUCAAGAUUUAUCAAACGUUUUGUUGGCUCAUGCUGCUUCUGCUUAGUAACUCUGGGAUUAAUGUGGCUCCUGGUAUGGCUAGUGAUAUUAAUAGUAAAAGGUAAAGGGACCCCUGACUAUUAGGUUCAGUCGUGACUGACUCGGGUUGCGGCGCUCAUCUCGCUUUAUUGGCCGAGGGAGCCGGCGUACAGCUUCCAGGUCAUGUGGCCAGCAUGACUGAGCCGCUUCUGGCGAACCAGAGCAGCACACGGAAACACCGUUUACCUUCCUGCCGGAGCAGUACCUAUUUAUCUACUUGCACUUUGACGUGCUUUCGAACUGCUAGGUUGGCAGGAGCAGGGACCAAGCAACAGGAGCUCACCCUGUCACGGGGAUUCGAACCACUGACCUUCUGAUCGGCAAGUCCUAGGCUCUGUGGUUUAACCCACAGUGCCACCCGCGUCCCUGAUAUUAAUAGUAGAAAGUGUUAAUUGUGCUUGGGCUGACUGGAAGAGAAUCUGCCUGUGCACCUACUAUGCAGUAUCCGUAGACUAAACACUAUUGCCUCAACUUUCUGGUUCUAGUCUAAAAUUUGCUUUUCUAUAUAACAUCUGUUUGGGAGUCUUGUCUUAAUUGUUAGGGCUUUCAGUUUCUUUGGUCCGCUUGGAGAGAAGUCAUAUAUGUUGGGUAAAAGACGUAAAACAGUUGUGCAGUUUGCUUGUCAUUAUUGCAAUGCAAAAUCAUAGGAGAACUCUGACAAAUCUUUUGAAAAACUGGGGUGUAGUUGGGCCAUGCUAGCUUUACCAUGGUUCCACAUUAUAUUAUGUAAUUGUCUGGGUAGCAGUCCUUUCUCAUUACACUUACAUUAUGCAGUCAAGCUAGCAUGCUAUGGUUUAAUUCAAAAUAACUAUAUUUUGCCAUGCAUAGCUUUGGCUAUGGUGUUUUAAGCCACUAUUGAUAUUUUCUGCAGCAAUUUAAAAGGCAUCAGAGGGCCCUUUACUUUGUUCUUUGUGCAGUUGAAUCUGAAUUCGGGGCAUUUCUUAAAGUAAAAUUUGUGAAGAGUUACAGAAGAUGGAGUUGUCUGAUUCAGCCGUGGCCUCCAUUGCAUCCUAUUUUACUGCUGGGUGACUGUAGCCCAUAUCAUGUAGUGCUUGUCUUUGCACAAUGAAGGGGGGUAUCUGGCUGUUCCUGGCUUUAUUCUGGCUCUUUCAUGCCAGGCAAUCUUUGAGGCAGUCAGAAACAUAGCAGGAUAUGCAGAGGAUCUCCCUCAUCUCUCUCUAUGCAGCUGGCUCAUACCAGAAACAUACAGAGAGGUUUACUCCCACAGUCCAUGUGCUGUUGGAAUUGUAAGUAAGAGUUGCUGCUGCUUCGUUUUGUGCAUGCUGUUGUACACCAGUGACGCUUGAAGUCAGUGUGCUUGCCUCUAUUUGAGAUUUUCACCCAGUUUAGGAAGCCCUGCCACUCCAGCUUUUUUCAGUGUUACUUUGGACUCUUGAGACAAACAAUAGCAUUGGAGACCUGUGUUGACAUUUCACACUGUUAUGGUAACUAAGGUUGUAAUCCUAGAUCCAUUUAUGUGGGAAUAAGGCAGAUUGAAUUUAAUUCAGAGUAAACAUGUUGAAGAUUACAUUGUAAAUCUCUAUAUUCAUAUUAGCAAGAGAGUUUUAAUUGCUUAUGCUUUAGGGAAUCACCUGAACAGUGAACUCUGAGUAGAAUUGAAGUAAGGUGUUGGUGAGGGCAGAUAGUUUUUAGGUUCAGUGUGUAGGAAUGACAAUUUGGGUCCAGUAAAAGAUAUAGCUGAGGUUGCAGUAUUUUGGUCUGUACAUCACAUUGGAACAUGUGAUGUACAGUGGUACUUUGGGUUACAUACGCUUCAGGUUACAUAUGCUUCAGGUUACAGACUCUGCUAACCCAGAAAUAGUACCUCGGGUUAAGAACUUUGCUUCAGGAUGAGAACAGGAAUCUUGCAGCGGCAGUGCAGCGGCAGCAGGAGGCCCCAUUAGCUAAAGUGGUGCUUCAGGUUAAGAACAGUUUCAGGUUAAGAACGGACCUCCGGAACAAAUUAAGUACUUAACCUGAGGUACCACUGUAGAUAAAUAGGUACCGCUCCGGCAGGAAGGUACGACUGUACAAAGUAUAAGGCAAAAUUAGUGGUCUUUGAGUAUUGGAGGUAAUGGGGUUCAUGGCAGACUUUAAUUCUAUCCUAGUUUGCACUUUAAAUAUCAGUGAACAAAUGUUAGCAUAAGACUUCUCCCCCCCCCCCAAAUCACCGCGUUUGAUUUAAGUCUUCUAUUUCCCCCUUUUACAUGGACUGAAAUAUUGACAAGUUAAGAGUCAUCAGCUUAUCUUUACUACAACAUUUAAUGUAAAGUUUCGUAACUUUAGGUAGCAGCAACAAAAACCAUACAAUGAAUUAACAGUGAAAUGUAGAUAAUAUGUUUCUGCUCUUUUUCUAAAAAGAAGUUUGCUAUUGGCCCACAUCCCCAAUGUUACCAUUUUCAUACAGUGAGCAGUUAAAUAGGCCAUGGGAUAAGGUAAAGAUGGUGUAAACUGCUAUAUUUAAGAAGGAGCAGAAGCAAGUUAUUAAUUGCUUAUUCACACAACUACAUAUUGGAGCAACUGCUGUACUUGCUGCCGCCUUACAGUAAUUUUUCCUAAACAGCUGUGGGAUUUUUUUUUAAAGGCUGCAACCAUAAGGACAGGAAACACAAGAGAUACCCUAUACAUUUCAAAAAUGCAUCAUUUUCCAUCAACCCAGCUUCACUGCCUAAGUAUUGCAACAUGCCCUUUAGAAACUCUUGUCCAGCCCUUACUACCUUGCGAGUUACAGUGGUACCUCUAGUUACGAACUUAAUUUGUUCUGGAGGUCCAUUCUUAACCUGAAACUGUUCUUAACUAGAGGCAUGCUUUCGCUAAUGGGGCCUCUUGCUGCCGCUGUGUUGCCGGCACAUGAUUUCCGUUCUCAUCCUGGGGCAAAGUUCUCAACUCGAGGUAACUCUUCCAGCUUAGCAGAGUUUGUAACCUGAGGCGUUUGUAUUAUGAUUAUUAUUAUUAUUGUGAGUGAACCCCUAAAAGUUACUAGCCUUAAAAAGAAUUCUUCCAUCCUUUUCUAUGAUUAAAAAUCAGGCUGGAGUUUUUGUUUGUUUUGCAGCUAUACUAGAAAUACAACUGGCAGGGAGAAGAGAUAAGGAGCAAUGUUUACCUGCUACAGCCUGUUUGUUGUUUGUGCUGGGUGCACAGAAAAGGGCUUUGCUUCCUGUGUGUCCAUCAUAGGAAGCUGGCAGUUGAGUCAUGGGUCACUUCAUUCCUCUGUGACCAGGACAGAAGCUGAGUGGACUGGCAAAGAUAAAACAGAAUGCACUGUUUCUCCUUUGCCAUGCUGCUCAGCUUCUGUUCUGACUGCUAAAGAAGGGAAAGCAUUUCCUUCACAGCCAAGAUGAACACUGGGUAGGCUGGCAAAGGAGGGACAGAGUAAUUUAUCUGUCCUUUGACAACCAGUGUUAGAAACUAGAUAUAUAAGUUAGGUGGCAGGGUUACAGCCGCCAAAAUGGAAUAUCUAGUUGCCAUUUUGGGGCUAGAUGGCUUGAAAGUCGUAUUUUUCAGUACGACCUUUUGGUUCCUGAAAGUCGUUCUGAUUGUGCAGGUAAAAUAUCAUUGGUAGACUUCUAAAGGAUGUGUUGUUAGUGUGUGAAAACUGGGAAGAUCCAAGGAUCCCUAGGCAUGCACCUCCAGAUGGUGUAGACGUUAGGCGCCAUCAUUGCACCCGGGCAUCUUCACUUGGUCGCAAGUGGCCGAUAGCCAGGUGCAAAAUUCAUCUGGUACAUGGCAAAUUUUGAACGCUGUUGACAACCUGCUGCUGUGGAGGAAGGGGCUUUUCUUCAUGGGUAACAUGGAAGCUGAGCGAAAUGGUGAAGGAAGGAUAGAGUAUUCUGGUCAUCCUGAAACAUCCAAUGGAUGUGGAAUUCCCAAGUGCCCAUGGCAACCAACCGAAUGCUUAAAUACAAGGCUGUUUUGUUGUCUCAUUAAAUAUUUCAUUUAAGUCUUGAGCCUUCAGUGCUUAGGGAAAAAAACCUUAAAUACUACUUUAAAUAUAAAAGUUUCAGAAACAAGGAACCAAGUAAAAAGCAUCAUUAUGUUCAAUUCUACUUGCUAAAGCUUUUCACAUUAGAGGUAAUUUCAGAACAGUAAAACUGGGCAACCAGCAGCACUUUGGAAGGUGCAGCAUUUAUUAAAAUGAUAAUAGUUGUAUAAAGUCAAAUAUGCAAGUUGCUUUCACUCUGCUACUUGUAGCAUCUUUCCUGAUGUAGUUCUUUCUGCUUGAUAUUUCACCAACUCCUGCAGUAACACAUACACAUAAGAGAGGAAGAGACGUGUGUUUCUUUGGAGUCAGUAUCUCCAGAGCACCCACAGAGGUGGGCAUGCAUAUUUUAUUUCAACAGUUUGCUCUUUAUUAUUUUAGAAUAUUGGAACAACUGUUAAUGGUGUUGAGUUCUGGUUCCCCACACUGUGUUUUCAGUAGGUAGCACACACUGUGUUUAAUGUGAGAUAGCCACAGGAUCUCCAUCCCUGUUUUAUACUGAUAUGUUGUUGAGUUCCAUUUCCCAUCAACCCUAGAUGGCAUGGCAAAUUGUCAGGGAUGAUGGGGGAUGUAGGCCAGCAACAUAUUUAAAGCCACAAUAACUCCACUCCUUGUACAGAAGGUGAGGGAUGGGUUCCUGUGAUGAAUGAGUAGCUUGGCUAGAGAAUGAAGUUCAUGCUUUAUUGUGACAGCCAAGGGCUUCUCAAUAGGAAUGAUGGUCCUUGGAAGGUUGACUUCUUUAACAUAGAUUUCUUUUAUUAACUGACAAGCUUUGCUUACAAUAAACUAAACUCUUGCUGUCUACAAACCAUAAAGAAAAGGAAGACAGGAGCAUCAGACUCCAGUUUCUUUCAUUGUCAUAAUAUUUAAUGGGAAUUACAGAAAAAUAUAUUCCCUUAUCUUAGACCUCUCCCUGUAUCACUCCCAAACUAUUCCCUCGAAGGAGCAAUACAAAGUUAAACAAUUUUAUUAUUUAUUUGUUAAAUUUGUAUAUGCAUCUUCAUCUGAAGAUCACAAGGCGGCUUACAACAAUAACAAACCAAUAGCCCCUCACAAAGGAACACAUUUUAAAAGCCAUAGAAUGUUACUCAGCCAAAGGGCUGGUUAUAGAAAAACAUUUUUGUCUGGCACCUGAAGAUACGUAAUGAAGGCAACAGGUGAGCCUCCCUGGGAAGAGCAUUCCACAAAUGGGUAGCCACUGCAGAAAAGGCCCAUUGUCAUGUUGCCACUCUCCACAGACCUCUUGUGGCACACAAAGAAGGGCCUUAGAUUAUGAUUGCUGGGUCCUUAUCAGUUCAUAUGAGGAGGUCCUUGAGUUAUUAACGUCCUGAACCAUUUAAGGCUUUAUAGGUCAAACCAGCACUUGCAAUUUUUAGAGUGGGAAGGUAGAAGGCAAGGAAAUUGGAGGGUGUGUGUGAAUGAUGGAUUCUCCCAGCUCCAGUCUUUGCUGUAGUGUUCAGAGCAAAAUAAUUCUCCUUGGAAUGAUGGUAGUAUCCAAAGAGGAGCAGCAAUGGAAUGAUAAUAUGAAGAAAAAUAAGAUUGCAGUCCCCAGGGUAAAUUAAAAUGCCUAAAAUGAAAAUGAAAAAUCAGUAAAAUGUACAUUGUUGAAAUGACAUCAGAAUGAUGUCCAGAAUACAAUGACAGCAUGAUCUAAGCGCAGAAGAUAAAAUAACAAAGUAGAGAGUGGAAUGACAGUCUCCCACAGAAGACUGACAGUGUCCAGUAUGAAAUAGUAUGGGAUUAUCCCAUGGGUAUUUCAUGAAGAGUACAGUGACAACCAGCUCAUUGCUCUUCCACCCAUCUCACUUGAACUUCACUGUGGGGACAGGUACUUCCCUCUGCAGACUUCUUUUCUAUGACAGUUCUAAUAUUCAAUUCUCAUGUCUUUCUCCUUUAACUGUUUUUUCAACCCUCUGCUGUUCAACUACCUUUCCCUGUAGCAGGGAUGGGGGGGGCAGGGGGUUGCUCCACUGAGGAAGAUGUCUCCUACAACAUCUUUCCCAGUAUAUAUUUUUUAGUUUGUUUAUAAGGUUUACAUCCCACCCCUCAUCUCAUGUGAUCUUGGAGCAAGUCACAAGACACAGUACACAAAGAAAGCCAAAUAGAAUACACUUUAAAAUGCAUCAGUCCUCCAUCUAUUAAAUAUAUCAAUCUGACUAGUUGGUUAACUAGUGCACUUGCAGAAACUUGGGCACAUAAAGGCUCUGCCAAACAGCCUGGUGGAAGAGGAGAGUUUUAGUUGGGGCUGAAAAAGACUCAAGGUUGGUGCCAGUCAAAGCCUGGAGACGAGAGUGCUCCAUAGCUGGGGUACUGUUGCCUAGUGAGCCUCAGGCCUCCUGAUCUUUCCCAACAACAAUAAAACAAACAAGGCUCUGAGAUGUAUUUUGUUUUUAUUAAAUAAUCAAACUUAAUUUUUAAAAUAUAUCAGAUGACAUUGUAACAUAAACGGUAAAGGUAAAGAACUCCUGACAGUUAAGUCCAUUCGCAGACAACUCUGGGGUUGCAGCGCUCAUCUCAGUUUAAAGGCCGAGGGAGCCAGUGUUUGUCCACAGACAGUUUUUCCAGGUCAUGUGGCCAGCAUGACUAAGCCGCUUCUGGCACAACGGAACACCAAAACCAGAGCAGCGCAUGGAAAUGCCAGUUACCUUCCUGCCGGAGCGGUACCUAUUUAUCUACUUGUACUUUUUUGGUGUGCUUUCGUACUUCUAGGUUGGCAGGAGCUGGGACUGAGCAACAGGAGCUCACCCCAUCGCAGUUAUUCGAACCACCGACCUUCUGAUUGGCAAGCCCAAGAGGCUCAGUGGUUUAGAGCACAGCGCCACCCGCAUCCCUAACAUAAGAGGGUACAAUUUUAACUAUUCUCACGAAUGUGUGAGUUAUUUCAGGCUCAAAGAGACCUUAAACCUGUACAGUUUUAUUUUUUGUAAAAUACUUCAAAAUCAAUUUAUUUUAUAACCGCAAAAAAUACCCUCCUUAUUUUUAAAACAUAACAAGUACAUGGUUAGCCCAUUCUACAAAACAAGUGUGAUACAUGUGUUAGUUGUGGUUUGCACGCUAUGGCUUAUUGAAUCUACUGGGAAUAAAAUGACAAAAAUUCACUUUGACUGGUCAGUGACCCUUUUCUGCGUCAAUACCAUUUUUAUACCUUAUUUUGAAAGAGACCACAAUUAGCUUUAUUUUGAUACUGAAAUAAGCCCAAUUGGUUGAAAAAUAAGUGAAACAGGAGGGUGUUUUUUUCUAAACUGACGCAGAAAUUGCAUUAGCCCAAAUCACACAAAAAUUGAUUUUUUAAAAAAAAUUCUGUGCCCAAUUUUGGACCAAAAAAAUCUUUAAAAAUAAAUUUUUAAAGAUUGAAGACUCAAGAUUAGUUACCUAGUCAAAUUCUCAAGCACCCUAGGAGAUAAUAGCCAGAGAGAUGGCAGCUUGCCCAGGAAUUUUGAUUUCCCAUGUUCAAAUGAGAUUUCUGAUUCACUGCCCUGUGCUAGUUCAGUGAAUUGAGUAAAUGAAUAAUAUGGUGCUAGGAAUAUGAAUGUGAUUUCUAAAACUAGUCCUUGCUUAGCUAUUUGAUUGUAGAUAAUUGAGGUAAUUGUUCAGUGACUGCUUUGUAGAUAAUUUUAUAGAUUGCUUUGUAGAUUUUUUUGUAGUUAAUUUUCAAGUUAACUUUGCAUUACAGCAAAAAGUGAAUGUUCUUCCCCACCCCAAAUCCCCAACAAUUUUUUUUGGAAACUGAUUUCUUAUUUGCCAGUCCACUUAAGAAGAUAUGUACCUACGGGACCGCCUCUCCUGGUAUGCCCCACGGAGGACCUUAAGGUCCAUAUAUAGCAACACCCUAGAAGUCUAAUCUAAUCACCCUAAUCUAACUAAGGAAGUUAGAUUAGCCUCAACCAGAGCCAGGGCCUUCUCAACACUGGCUCCUGCCUGGUGGAAUGCUCUGUCUCAUGAGACCAGGGCCCUGCGGGAUCUGAUUUCUUUCCGCAGGGCCUGUAAGACAGAGUUGUUCCACCUGGCCUUUGGCUUAGAAUCAGUUUGAUUCCCUCCCCCUCUUUCUUUUUCCUUUCUCCUCCUGUGAAGAGGCUGCAUCCUAAUGUUUUAAUGUUGUAUCGUAAUCUUUUAAAUUGUUUUUUAAUCAACUUGUUUUUAUUAUUGGUUGUUAGCCGCCCUGAGCCCAGUCUUGGCUGGGGAGGGCGGGGUAUAAAUAAAAAAAUGUUGUUGUUGUUGUUGUUGUUGUUGUUGUUGUGUGUGUGUUUUCUGGAUGCAUAUAUCUUGCUGGAUGAACAAACAAACAUAGGUAUCAACUGGAUGUACAUCUAAUGUACAUUUUAUUUAAACAGCAUUUAAAUGUGAAUGCUGCCUAUCUGUAUUUUUUUUUUAAUAGGACCUGUGGCUAUUCAUCCCUAUCAGCAUCAUAGUUCAAGUAGUUGCAUAUAAAUAUUCAGACUGAAAAUGGGUCAAGAUCACAAACAUAGGGUGGGGUUCAAGGAAAUGUACAGUUAGUCCUAUGCAGCCAAGGGGGCUUUUGUUUCUUAAACACAGCAAACUCAGAAUCCUCAAAAACAGUUUGUGAUACAGCAUUGGGAGAGGGGGAGAGUCUGGUGUUGAAUGAUAAAGAAGUAAAAAAAUUCCACUGGGCAUCUUCAAGUUUUUGAGUAUGUAUGUCUAAAAUAGUUCUUUGGAUUCUGGCACCCUUCUAUGGAAGGUUUUCACUAGACCAAAUUAGCUUCUGUGUAAUUUGUAUAAGGAAAAUUACGUGGUUUACAUCUACCUACAGCUCUUGGUAUUUUAAUUUGAAAAUAGAUCCUCUGGUUUGGUAAAUCAAAUCAUUGACUUUAAUUUCUUUAACCUUCAGGUAUAAUAAAUACAUUUUCACCUUGGCCGUUUAGUACAUUGUAUGGUAGCAUUCCGCUUUUCUUCUUUCUAUCACUGUCAUAUAUUAUGUGUGAGAACUACAUGGAAACCAUUUUGGCUGUUGGUGCUACAAUUCUAUGGAACUAAUGGUUAAUAAUCUUACAGUAAUAAUUAAUAGAAAAUAGAAAUACAAAUCAACAUUAUUUUAAAGUAAAAAGUACUACAUAAUUGGUUUCUAGAUCUGUGUGGCAAUAGAAAAAGUGUGAAUUUUGCUGGAAUGGGUCAAAUUUUAUUGAUGCAGAUUAGUGGGAAUGUAGCCAUGUAUAUAUUGCUGUAUUCUACUCACCAUAGCAAAGGUUUAGGAUCAGAGUUUUCCUUCUUUUAGAUGGGCUACCUUCCCAGGUGGACGAACCCUAUCUGCACCUCACUUCCCUCUAUAGUACAUGCGGAAACUGCCUUCUUGACUGUUGGAUUCACUAUGAUCUUGUCCAUUCAAUCCACUGGAGCCUGUCUUCACAUGCAGGGGAAGUCCCUAACUCACCAAGGCUUUGAGACCCAUUGGUUACGCUCACCUGGUUUAGCUAGCAAGUUGAAGCUAUUUUCCGGGCUAUGGCUGCUGUCACAUGCUUGCAGCUUCCAGGAGCCACAGGUGAGAGCUGAGUGGGGAUGAAAGGUGGACAAACUAUCUCAGAAGGAGCACUAUGUGUCUCCCACCAGAGGUACUACACCUCGCCUAACACUCCAUACACCCUGAUAUUAAACCUCUGCUGCCUUGUAGAGAUAUCUUUGGCAGAAGAAAAGACUAAUGAGUAAACCCUACACAAAUCUGGAGUGAGGUCCCUAAGAUAGUUGGGUGGUGCCUUGUAUGCCUCUUUCGGCAACUCCUGCAGCCAAGCUGGUGCCAAACAUAUUGCUCUGCUUUCCUUUGGACCAUAUCAGCAAAGCCGAGAGGGAGGUUUUUUCGUCUGGCAGUCUAGAAUUGCCAUACACACUGCCCGGGAAAUCACUUUGGUGCUACUAACACAGCAGUUUGAUUUCACUUCUGGAGGCGCACUCCAUUGUCUCUCAAGACAGACGGAUGCCAACAACAAUAUUCACCAUAGUGAAGGUAAACUAUGGCAUAAGGAUUUUAGAGUAUUUUGAGGCAAGGGAGAGCAGACUUAGAAGACCUACUUUACAAAAGUAAACUUAAUACAUACUUCUUUUCACCAGAUAUAUCUAGUAGAAGUUGUCCUACCUUAGGGUCUAAAUCUAGGCAACUUAAAUUGUUUUUCUAUGCAAAGAAGGGAUGCCAACUACUUUCAUGAGACUGUGAACAUUAGUUUAGCUAAUACAAUUUUUUUCUUUUUUUAAAAAGGAAGUACUUGACCGUUUGAGUCUUGGAGACCAUACAACCAACAUUCCUAUUUAUUAUGCUUCCUUUAAUUGCAAUGUGUCAGUUUUUCCAAAAAGUGCUUUAUUUAGUUAAUUUUGUAUUAAAUGGAACACUUUUGACAGAAAACCUUUUAGGGGAAUUUCUUGUUAAAAUGGUGGAAACAACUUUCAGAUUACAUGGAACUCUGUUGUGGGCUUCACAGGACUCACAAUUUACAACAGAUAAAAAUAGUUUGCGGUUGAAAAGAAGAAACAUGGCUAGUGCCCAGAUCUCAAGGGGUGUUUUCAGCAACUAAAUCUCAAAUUACUCUCUCCUGUCUCUCAUUGGAAACCACUUUUUGAAACAGGGCAUUUUCCAAAGUAGAUUGGGAUAUAGUAUGGGUUGGAUGUUCAAAGAAAAAAACAAAGGCCCUUAAGAUGCUAAUUUAAAAAUGCAAAUAUACAAUUAAAAGGCUAGUUCUUUAGAUCCCUUCUAUCACAUAGUAGCAAAACCAGAUAUAAAUUUAGAAAGUUCAUGGUAAAGAGUCAAUGGAGGCCAGCUUCGGUGAUCAUAGUGUGUGAUAUCCUCUCAGAACAAAGCUUUAUUUUUCAGAGUUGUACAGGACUUUGUGAUUUUUUUCCACAGCUGAAUUGCCUAUAACAAAGGAAGGCAGCAAUAUAGAAUUUUUUCUAAAAGAUCUCAUUACACAAAUGUUUGAGGAGAAAAUGCAUAAUCAACAGAAUUAUGUGAUGUAUCUGUUCCUGCACUGUACAUCUUUAUUCUGCAGGUUGGGGAGUCAAAUGUUUAAUAGUUUCUCCUCUUUACAAGAAAGGAAGCUAUCUGGUUGGGUGAAUCUAAUAUGUCAUAGAGAAGGCUUCUAGAUUAGCCCUAUUCCUGAUCCUAUAUUGUUGAGCUGUGGUAGUUUUUGGCCCAGUUUUCAUGUUACAUUGAACCAUAGUUCCUAUUAAACACACCAGGUUAGUGUUGGGAAAUAUUCAAAUGUUGGAUUCUCCCACCUGCAGUACAGCUACAGAUAUAUUAUUAAAGCUGCUGUUUGUCUAUAGAAGCCUUAAAGAGAGUGGUGGGCUACAUAUAUCUUACUACAUAUAUCUGUAGUAAGAUUAGUAAUAGUCAUGGUUUUGGACAUCUACAGAGCUUUAAGAAUACACUUCAUUGGAAAGGCAGUUUUGCUGCCUUCACUGCUAAAGAAUUGCACUCUUCAAUACCGGGAGCUUUAUUGAAACACUAUAAAUGCUUGCCUUUUUUAUAUGCUGAAUUGUAUAUAAUGAAUGUGCAUUAUGUUAUGUGCGUUGAAGCAGUACAGUAGAUACACUGAAUAUUCUGAAAAGGCUUUUACAAGACAAAGUAGCAAAUAUACAUGAAAAUGUGUCCUGUGGAUCAGUAGUUGAAUGAAGCGGGUGGGCAGGAAGUGUUAGCCGAGUGCUUGGAUCAAUGUAGGGAGGAAGAAAAACUGUGUCCAAAGGACCUCUAAUGGAGCCUUGGGCUAAUUUGACAAUACUCAGCUUACUAGCUUAGAGCCAUUUCUUGAUUAAAAUAGGAAGUGUGCCCCCACCCCCACCCUGUUCUCACUAUGUGUUGAAAUUACCUACAAUAAGAAGUUCAGGAAAGUUCAGUCUACCUUCACGACUGUUGCAGAAUGAUGGCUGACAGAUGCAUAGAAUUCCCAGUUUAUUCUGAGCUAUCAGUGCCAACCCAUGUUGGAUCGACUUAGCACAUGCUAAAUAGGUGUGGCACAGUUCUCCAUCAUGCACACACACUAUUUAGGUGUCCUUAGAAUACCUACCAGAACCAUCUAAGCAAACGCAAGGUGAAAGCCUCAAAGUCUCAAGUAGGUGAUCUCAUUCUAAAUUAAAGGAUAAUUUGAUGUUUUGUUUACCUCUCAUCUUUUAUCCAAUGACAGCAUUGAAAAGAUGAGGUCACCUACUUUCAUUCUAAAACAUAAGACAGAAAGCCAGAAGGAGAAAUACAAUUUUCCUAGUUGUAAACACUUAACUUUCCCUGUGCAUUUGGGGGUCAUAACUAAUCCCAAAUAGUUAUGAAAAUAUUAAAAUGUUUUCUCCUAAUUGGUGUACUUCACUUUCCAUAUAAGGAGGGUCCUUAGAUCUGUAGUGUUCCAACUUCCUCUGCCUAACCCCCGCCCCCAAUACAUUUCAGUAAAAUGGGUUUGGAAUUGGAUGCUAAAGAUUAUUUUAAAGAACCAGGUAUUUACUUGCCUCUUUAGAGAAGGCAUUCCACAAGGUUGAUGCCACAACCAGAAAGUCCCUGCUUGCUGUAAAUGCCUGUCAUACUUAAAUCAAUGAGGGAAUCUGGCACCUCAGGUGUUGGAUGAAGCAGCUAAUGAACAACAUAGGAAGAAGUUGGCCCUUAAGUUACUUAGAGCCCAAGCACCCUAGGAUUUUAAAGGAACAGAACUUGAACAUUCAGUUGGUCCUGAAAAUGAAUAGGUCAACAGUGGAGAUUGAGUAUCAGUAGAGUGAUGCAUCCUGACCAGUGUUACAAACUCAAAUAUAUAAGCUAGGUGCCAAAUGGCUCCUUAAACCAAAGUUACAGUCACCAAAACGGAAUGUCUAGUUAUCCUUUUGGGGCAUGACGGCUUAUUUUUCAAAUGAUGGACUGACUGAGAUUGAAUGUCAGUUGAACAUCAGGCUAGUUCAGAUGACAACCUUGUGAGGUUAAGAAAUUUAAGAGUUUAAAGAAGAAAAGUCACUUUAUUCUACCUAUUUUUCUUAAUGGUGACACGGACCAGUAAUAAGUAAUAAGUGAGCAGGACAGUGGGGUGUGGUAAGUGGAGGCAAGCUACAACAGUUAAGAUCACUGCUCCUGCACAGGAAAAGCAUUUUGGUUCCUGAAAUUUCAUUCUGAUUGUGCAGAUAAAAUAUAACUGAUAGAAUUCUACAGGAUGUGCUAUUAGUGUGUGAAAAGAGUCGAGAUCCAACGAUCCCCAGGCAUGCAUCUUCAGAUGGUGAUGUCAUGCGCCAUACUAGCACCCCCAGCAUCUUCCCUUUGUCACGAGUGGCCAGUGGUCAGGUGCAAAAUGCGUCUGGUGCCUAGCUAAUUUCGAACACUGAUUCUCACAGUCCAGUUCCAUCCAGCUGGCUUGGUGGUAGUAUUUUGCAUCAAAUGAAGGUUUUGGACAUUUUUAGGGCAGGCAGUCCAUAUAGUCUUGUAUUCAUAGUACAGUGGUACCUCUGGAUGCGAACGGGAUCCGUUCUGGAGCCCCGUUCGCAUCCUGAAGCGAAUGCAACCCACGUGCGUGGGUCGCGAUUCGCCGCAUGCACGUGAUGUCAUUUUGAGCGUCUGCGUGAGCGGCGAAACCCGGAAGUAACACGUUCUGUUACUUCCGGGUCGUCACGGAGCGCAACCCGAAAACACGCAACCCGAAACUACUUUAACCCGAGGUAUGACUGUAAUACUGAGGGGAAAAUUCUGUCAGCACAAUGGUUUAUCCUUGUGCAAUUGAAUCUUCUCCCAUUUUACUCCUCCCCCCAUGCAUUCCUAAUAGCUAAAAGAGUUUUGCUUGCCCAAUUAUUUAGUUGCAUACUACCAAAAGAGUGCAUUAAAGUAAUCUAGUUUUAUGGUUACUAAUGGGUUAAUGCAUAUGGCCAGAUUUGUCUUCUAUAGGAAAGGACACAGCUUGCAUAUUAGUCAGCACCCAAAAGCAGAGUAUGAUCAGGAAGAACCUUUGAGUUGAAAGUUUGAGUCUUCAGGGGAAAUACAAUUUAAUCUAAGGCAAGGUAUGCCACCAUUCCUACAUCACCAACGUUCUAAUGGUACUUUGUAACUUGGAUUAAGCUUCAACUUGUUCACCUGCAAAAACAGUUCAGUAUUGCGGCUGAGAUAGUUGAAUACUGGAAAGACCUGUAGUAGCUGCUUUUCUAGGUGAAUAGGACCAGGGGUAAUAAAUACCUUUGUUAUUGAUAGAAAGUGAUACAUCUCCAGUCAGCAACAAUUUCUUGUUGAACCUUUAUUAGUAAUACAGUUAUACCUUGGGUUACAGACGCUUUAGGUUGCGUGUUUUCGGGUUGCACACCAGAACGGGUUACUUCCGGGUUUUGGUACUCGUGCAUGCACAUAAGCGCUAAAUCGCGCUUUGCGCAUGCACAGAAGCGCCGACUCGCACGUGUGCAGAUCUGCGCACGGAUCGCGUUUGCAACCCGAGUGUCCACUGUAUCCAUUCUGUUUGUUUAACUGCAUGCUCUGUUCUAGUUCCCUUUUAAAGGUUUCAAAAUGUUGCUUACAUUUUUGAUGUAGGUAAUAUACUUUUGGGUAUGGGACAAAAUAAAAGGAAAAACAUUCAAAGUAACUAUUUGAUGUUGGAUGUGUUUACUUAAUGAGGUUGUACUUCUAAGCAUGUUACUAUGGUGUAUUUCGUGAUUUAUUCUUCCCCAAUGCACUUUAGCAUAAUUCUGUAACUGCAUAAAUUAUAUAUUGGGAUGCUCAGAAAGACUGGUCCCAUGAAUGACAUCUUUGGUUGCUUAAGUGAUACAAUUUUUUUGUUUCUGUAUUCAAUAUGUGUAAUUAAAAAUAAAGAAAAACUUCACCAUAGUCCAGCCUUUCUUAACCUUGGGUUCCUAGAUGUUGUUGGACUACAACUGCCAGCAUUCCUGACCACUGGUCAUGAUCACUAGGAAUGAUGGGAGUUGUAGUCCAACUUCAUCAUUCUAGGAACCCAAGGUUGAGAGAGGCUUCCAUAGUCAAAUAUUUUAACUUACGGUAUAUUUAGAGUGAUAUUAUUUUUUUGUCCUCCAGGUGGCACUACAUUUUUUCUUUAUUUCCUAGUGACUGAAGUGAGAAUUUUCUGAAGUGAGAUUAUUUAAAUAUAGUAUUCCUAAAAUUCAUGUAUUGCAAGGCAGUAUUUGAAACCAGCUACUUUCCUAGCAAUGUUAAAAUGUGUAUACAUUUUCAGGUUGGUCUAAGAAUAAAAAUGAACCCAUUUAUUUGUUUAUUGAAUUUCUAUCCUGCCCUUCCUCCUAAAGGAGCUGUAGGUGGUAAACAGACAAUUUAAAAAUAAAAGCAAAGCAAAAACAUUCUAAAAACAAUUACAAUAAAAAACACCUAAAAGCAGUUACAGUUUGAAAAUGUAUGUGAAAAGAACCCAAGAAGAAUAAACUUCCUAAGAUUGUUUAUAAUACUGGGUUUCAUUUCUGUCUGCUGUCUUAUCUAAUGUGAAUCAGAACAAUUCAUGCAACCUCACUGUAGGAUCAAGUGCGUUUUGAUCCUAUUUUGGCAUCAUGAAGGGCUAGCAGUGCAUGGAGCAGAACUGAGUUUUCAAAGCAAAAUUCUCUGUUCUUUUCUCUUUUGUCUUCCAGUUCUUUUUUUUCCAGUCUACCAAGGUCCAGUAGUUCAAACUAUGGGAAAAAGAGACCUUUUUAUGAACAAAUUCUCUCUGACCCCCAAUUAGGCUGCUGUACUAGUUUUUCUUCUGAAUCUGCCCAAAUAUCUUCAUGCAUGGUUUCUGUUGCUGUCUUUGGUUUGUACAACAGAUUGCAGUGUUUUCCUUGUAUCUUUCUAUUGUAGUUCCUUCUUCAAAACUGUUAAAACCAAUAUUCCUCAUCUUGAUGAAAAUUGCAGUUACCCGUAUAGUACUGAAUAUUCCUUUGAUAGGCUGGUUACUUUUUAAAAUAAAAAAUGUUACCUUCAUAGUUGUGAGGAAUGGCUAAUGAAAAAUACAGCUGGAAUUGAACAUGAUGCCUCAAGACCAGUUUACCAUAAGGUGAUACCAUCAUAAUAUACUGGCUGGGGUGGGGGGUAGCAGGCGAAUACUGAAUUCUUUGCAGUUUAAACAUGGUUGGGUUUAUCCAUGUUUCCCAUUCCAGCUCUAAAAAUGCCUAUAUACAUUGUAGAAAGUUUUAGGGUUUUAGUGAAUAUAUUUCUUAUUCCAGAUAUAGCCAGUGCUAUUUUUCUAGAAAAAGAGGUGCCGGAACUCGCUUAUGAACACCUCGCUCAUUCUCUUAGAAUGGCAAUGGCACCCACCUGAGAGGUGCCAGAACUGAGUUCUGGCUGGAAAAAAUCCCUGGAUAUAGCAAUUAUUUCAUCUGGUUCAUGUAUUUUUGUGUCAUGUCAGAAAAUAUAACCUCAAAAGCCCUUAUAAGCAGCAGUAUGGGGGAAAUCCAAAGCCCUGAAGCAUGUUUCUCUUUUUUCUGUAACUGCUGAGAAGUGUGCCAUAUCUAUGGUGCCUAAAUGUGGGUGGCCUGAUUUGCAUACUAUGCAAAUAGGAGGAUGUAAUUAUGCAGGAGAAUUUCUACAUUAGCAUACUUAAUCUGUUUAAUUUUCAACAGCUGCCUUAUCAUUGGAAAUUAAGGAAAGUACAAGGUAAUGUUUCUUACCUGUUCUUCAGUCUGCCAAGGCCAUAGGCAACCUGACCCUAGAUUUUUGAUUGCUUGAAGCUCUGGGCAGAUCACAAUUUAAGCAUGAUGGACACUUGAUAAAUUGGCAUGGAAGUAGUCGAAAAGGUGCUGUUCUGGUAAGGAAAAAGCUGGUGUAGGUAUCAAAGUUGUUGGAGGUCAGAGAAUCACUUGAAAAGUUGGGAAUUAAUUUCUAAUGCAAAGUGUAGCAAGCCUCAGACCAUCCAUUGUUCACCUGACUGUCUGUUCAAACCAGAAUUGACUAAGAAAUUUCCCAGGUAGAGCUAUGGAGGGGUAGGGAUAGAUUGGUAAGAAUGACUUAAUGUAUUGUAAACCACUUGAGAUUCCACCCCCCUUUAAAAUAUAAAUUGGUAUAGAAAUGAAAAUGAUAAUAAUAGUAGUAGUAAUAACAAUAUAAUCCACUGGGGGGAAAUGGCGCUUAGUCAUUCCAUUGUAGCGACUGUAACCUAGGUUUAAGGUGCCAUAGAGAUCCUCAAAUAAAUAAAUUAAAAAUAAUGACGACUUAAUAAAAUAAAGACAACCUAAUGAAGUAUCUAGGCCUUUCUAAUUUGAACUUUUUAAUUUCGCAUUUAGGAUGUGACUUCUGUACAGCUCUAGUGUCCAUGUGAACACACAUUGACUUGGAUGCAAGUGUGACUUUUAUUUUUCGCAGCCUUCUGCACCCUUCCAGAAGUUGUGGGACAUUUUAGAAUGGUGUGAGAAGUGGGGGGAUGGGCUGCAGAUAAUGGGCAACACAGUGGGAGGCAACAAACUUUAUGAAAGCCAAUUUCUUUGUUUUCCAAAAGUUAUCUCCAGCCAUAAAGAUAGGAAGCUUCUGUUAACUGUAAAAAAGUUCUUUAACCAUUUUUCCCCAGGGUGUGAAUGGCAACAUGGCAGUGCCUUUUCUGCAUACACUUCAGCUGUUCACCAUUACUCCAUUGUGUCCUAGGCUAAACGAGAUCCAAAUGCAAUUGAUAAGAUUUUUUUAAACUGCAGCAUGGGGUGGGCAUCAGGAACAGUGCCAUGGGGCAGAUAAGGGGUGUAAACCUUAAUUCCUGCCACAUUCCCAAUGAAUCUUCCCAUCCUCCCCCAAUUGCUGUUGUCAACCUGUUGUUGACAUUUUCCUGUAAGCCUCUGAAUUGGCUUGCGAGAAAAUAACUCAGGGAUGUAUUGUGGGGAUUCCUUGGAUCACAAGUUAUGCCAGGGCACAGUUGGAAAGUCUUUGGGGAAAGCAGAUUUGGGCCUUGGAUCUGUUUACUAUCCUUGUAUGCCCCAGUUUUUUUCUUUCUGUGUUAUCCCUGAAGAAUGGCAGCAAAAAAACUAUUUGCUUUUUUUUUUUUUUUUUUACAUUGUGUGUAACAGACACACAAUAGGCAAAUUCGGCCCUCUAGAUGUUUUGGGACUACAACUCCCAUCAUCUCUAGCUAACAGGACCAGUGGUCAGGGAUGAUGGGAAUAGUAGUCUCAAAACAUCUGGAGGGCCAUGUUUGCCUAUUCCUGAUGUAUAUAACAUGUUGAUAUGGUCUAAGGAAUGAUGGUUUAGCAGAUGGGUAGUGGUUGAAUGAAGCAAGGUUCGGUUGCCAUUCCUAAUUUAUCUUUGCACCGCCUCUAGUCAGGAGCAGAAUUGUUCUUCUGUUUUUGUUCCUCUGGGUGGCAUCUGUCUUCAGGAAAAAUGUCCUUACAGCAAAGCAUUGAUUGCUGAACUGUGGCUGGUUUUUUUCCUCUGACUGCUGCAGUGAAUUAACUACAAGAGAUGUUCUAAUAUUGGUAGCUUUCUACUUCUCUGCAACGCUAUUCUUCCUGUUGCUUGGUUGUUUGGAAUUAGAAACUGAUGGUUUUAUUUGCAUUAUGGCACAUGCUUUGUUCUAGAAUCUUUUGAAUAUAGAACUUUAAUUUAGCUAUCACAGCUAAUAAUCAUUGAUAAAUCUAUUCCAUGAAAUUAUCUAAUCCCCAUUAAAAACUCUGUAAAUGUGAAUUCCAUAAGUGUGCAUUAUAUGAAAAAAUGUGUUGGUUUGUCUGCUUUCUAUCUAUUGCCAAUCAAUUUCAAUAGAUCAGUGUGCAGGAAGCUAAAGUAAUUCUUCUGUUCAUUUAUAUAUAUUUUUCUUUAUCCUUUAAAAUAUUUUUUUAUUCUAGUAGAGUGGUGGUUCUCAAAACUUUUCUGCAACUACCCAUUUUAGUCAAGGUAGAUGACUAGAGGCGGUUUUGGUGUCAGAUGUUGAAGCAUUCUAGAAGUCCCAACAUAACUAGAAGGUUGCAGGAAGUUAUCACUAAUUAAUACUUGGUCCCUCUACUGCGUCUGGUAGCACGGCCUCUGUAGCUGUAGAAAUAUAUAUAUAUGAAAAGGAGAUGUUCAACAUGUCAAAGAAAUGCUUUCUCCAAAAAGGCAAGUAAAUUUUCCUGGUUUUAGGUUUUUUUUAAAAAAUGCCCCCUUGGGACAAAUGCCUUUAGAAUUUCCUCUUCUUUUACUCUGAAAAAUUCUGUGCCAUGGAAGUUGGGCAUGAAAACCAGGCAUUCUUUCUCAAAGUAAUAAAACGGUUCUUCAGGUCAGAAAGGCCACAGAGUCUAUCAUGGUGUCCAAUAGACUUUGAACAUACUCUUCCUUCUGCUUUUCAUUUUCUGCUGUAUAAGUAGGUUUCUUUGAAGUUUACCCUCCUAGUGCAUAUUAUUUUAGCCAGUGUGUUAAGUCUCUCCAAGCUUUAUUCUUCCUUUCGAGCCUUAGAACUGCUUUUGCAUUGUGCUGACCUUGAUUGACACUGCAUUUGUGGAAGCUAAUAAGCUAGAUUUCAGAAACAUUGGCCUGCCCUUCAAGUUGAAGGUCAGCUGCUGUGAAAUAAAUGCCCACCAUAUUAUAGACAGGAAAGAAAUAUGAGAGGAGGGCAGUUCUUCCUGUAUGUCACUUGGUGAGAGUUCAAAAAAGAAAUUCAUACUUAAUAUUUGCUUGCAAGAUCUGAUUUCUUAAUCUAUAGUUUGAACUUGCACUAACCAGGGAGCUCUGGGUGGAUAGCAUGACUCACUAAAAUAUGGAAUGCUGUGACUGGGGUCCAGACAACCACAAGUUCUGCAAGCUCAAGGGAGCUUUGGUUUUGUCAUCUUUCAGUCAAUCCUAAUGCCAUAAUGCAGAGGAAAUGUUGAUGAAAUACACAAGCCAGCUUUUGCUAGGGUGUGCACCGGUGUUCAGAAGUGUUGUGUGUGUCAAAUCUUACUGGUUGUUAUAAUAAAAAACAAACCAAUACAAAGAAUAAAGCCAGGAAGUCAAUAAAACAGGUGCAGCAGUUAUAGUAAAAACAAACAGCACCACCAGCAGGAUAAAAUCACUUUCUUAUGUGAAACCUUAAGCCUCAUGACUUAGGUUGAUGCAUUUAUAACAUCUAUUUUGCCUACCUCUUUUCUGUAUAAAGUUCUAGAAUUCCCAAACUAGUAAAUAAGUCAGUAACUAUAAUAGAAGAAAAGAUUGCAUCUUCCUGAAAGCUCAGCAAGUUGUUUUGGAAAAUAGCAAAUAUAUAUUGUCUUGAUCUGUUGGGGGUGUAACUUUCAAGCUAGGUCAAGUAAUGUUCUUCUUGGUAGAAUGCUGAUAUGUAUCUGGAAGUUUUUCAGUGAAGGAUUAAUAUCAUGUUUCUAUUCAGCCAUAUUCCUAAUUUCCAGAGGAUUGAAAUUUUACAGCAAAACCAAAAAAGUGUCUUGUGUUAUCUUAAAGACUUACACAUUUAUUAUGGCAUAAACCCCCACAGUCAAGUCAUUUCACUUCACCAGAUGCAUGAAGUAUAAUCUGAGUUAUUGCAAGAAUUAUUUUGGCUCUUCACUGGUCAUAAGAGUAAAGAGAAGUAAUACGUUAGCCAAAUCAGACUGCAUUAUUGUCAAAUACUUUGAGGAGGAACCAUAGUUCAUUUGUAGAGCACAAUGGUAGGUAAUGGAAAAGAUAUGUGCCUGAGACCCUGGAGAGCCACUGUUAAGAAUAGAUUCGCAACAUGGGUGGAUGGACAAAUGGUAUAAGGGGUAGACACCAGAUGUUUGUAUAGUAUGACUAAUAAGCUUUUAGUGCUUUAAAUCUAGUUCUCACCAAUGGCUCCAGGUAUGCCCCUCCCACAAGUUUCUUUUGGGAUAUAAGACUUUUCCUCCUCCUCCAUUGGUGGAGUAAAUGGCACUCUAUAAACAAGGAGAAAGGGUCUUCAGAAAUAGAAACCAAUUACUAGGGUGCCACACCUGCUCAAGUCCCUGUUCUUAAUGCUCCUCCCAUUAAUGACUCUCCUGCUUAUUCUGAGUUUUGCUUCUGUUCCAGUGAGCCAUUCUGGCUUCCUUCUUGCUUUCAUGCCUCUUUACUCUGCCUACCAUCUGCCCACACUUAUGUCUUGGUGCCUCAGCAGCUGCAUAAAUAGUCCCUGGUGGCUCCAUUUCUGAUCUAGUGAUGAAGGCACACCAAUAAUAUGCAACCCGAUCUCUUUGAAAUUUUGGUAGGAAUUUUGGUUUUUCAGGUGUUGGCAGUAGAUACUGACAGUUGCACAAAAAAACCCCACCAGGAAAUAGAGUAACUAUACCCACAGCCUUAUCAUACUAAUCAAUAUAACAAUUUGAUUGAUGUUUUAUUAAAUGAUCUGGGCCACAUGGGGCAAAGGCAUCAUCACAGAGAUUACAGGUGUGUUUGGAAGAAAGUAGGUCUUCCCAAAAAUAAACUGCUAUUGGGCAGCUAUAUAAAUUAAUUAGGUAAAUAUGGGGGAAACAAAAUGUCAGUUAGAGAAGGAUGUGAAAUGCUUUCCUUGAAGCUUGCAUUUGUUUUACUCUGGAUUGUUUUAUCAGAUGUUUUAAUGUGUUGCAAACUGCUUUGAUAUUUUGUUAAAAAAUAUAUAAAGUGGUAUAGAAAUGAAAAUUAAAAAUAAAUAAAUCCCACCACUUGGGGAGAAAUGGAGUCUAGACAUUCCGUUGUGGCAACUGUAGCCCAGGUUUAAGAUGUCAUUUGGCAAUUAGCUUAUAUAUCUGAGCUUAUAUAUCUGAGUUAUGAACACAUAAAUCCUGUUUGCAAUAAUGUUAUAAUAUAGGACCCAAUGAGAAACUUGUAUUAGAAAUCCAAAGUUAUCAGUGUUGGGAUACUGCCAGGGAGAUAAAGUCCAUCAUGGCCCCCAAGCCGGCUGCCGGAUGAUCCAUCGAUCUCCCGUAGUCACGCAGUAUCAGCAAUUAGUGACAUGAGCUUUCAGAAAUAGCUUGCCACAUUCCAGAGCUCAUGCACACUCUAUCAGCAGAUAAUGCACAGCCAAAGUCGCACUCAGGAGAGCAUUAUUUACAAGUUUUAUUCAGCGUUGAUCAGAACAAAGAAAAACAUGACUGCCUGCUUCAGUGUCUACGACACAGAGAGAGAACCGAAAGCAAUAGAAAACAUAAACUUCCUGUGAACAGGAAAUGCGCAGACUCUGUGACUCACAAAGCCUGCUCCCUUUUAAGGUGGAACGGAAAUAUCCUAACAAUCAGAGCUUGUAUUAAAUGCUUCCAGUUUAUGAAUGUCUGUAGCUGAGCAAGAUCAGAGAACUAAGUUCAAAAAUAUGAAGGGCCAGUGACUUGACUAAAAAUAUUGAGUGUUUGAAUUUUUUUUACCUAGCAUCUACUCCGAGGAUUCAUCAUCCUGGGAAUUUUUGAAGAUAUGAAUAGUAUAAAUAUGAAAUACUGCAGUAUUUUCCCUGUGACAGUAUUUGGCUCUUAGCAAAUAUAUCCCAUCUGUGAAGAAGGAAGAGAAAAAAAAAGAAAGAAAGAUAAAUGAAAAAGGAUUGUAUCCAAUUGCAGUUGUUGGCGGUUAGAUUUUUGAUAUCAUCCAUUAGCUUGGAUUUUGGCUAGGCUACCCUUCCCCAGUUGGCCAUAUUCUGCUUAUCAUCCAUAGCAGGUCUGGUCUUGAGUGUACCAACCACUCCUGGCUUUGAGCCCAAAGACCCUGGCCAUCUGCUGUUCAGUUCUCUGUUAGCGAGUUCCCUGUUUAAUUAUCUGUUGGCCGACUUCCACUCUGUAAUACGCCUGAAGGCCCUGGCCCAGUACUUUAUUGUCCUUUCAGGUCUACCUGAUCUUUGUUCCAUUUGGCUUCCUCUUCUUCCACCUGGUAUGUUACAAGCAGGAUUUGAUUGAAAGUCACAGUCACAUUUUGGGUGGUGGGUAAUGAGGAAAGAAGGCACUUGGGCAUGCUAAACAUGACUUGGUGUUGUAACUUCAAACUGCAACACCUGCUUUGGAAGAAAUAUUCCUAAAUGGCAAUAUUAAGGGCUACAGCACACUUACAUUAUCAGUUUGAGGAUUCUGUUAAUCCAGUGACAUUAAAAUUGAUAUGAUUAGUAAAAAAAUAACAACAGUAUAUUGUAUAAAAGUAGAUUACCCACAGGCAAAAUGGCUGUGGACUCAAAAGAGAAAUUUGCCAUUUUAGUCACCAUUGGUAGUGGUGUUGCCACUUUCCUUAACCCAGCAGCUGCCAUUUUUCAUUUCUAGAAUGCAUUAACUUGAAAGCUCCUUGAUCACUCCCUUGCCUACAGCCUCUCUCUGUGGCUUCAUGCUAAAUACCUUAUCCCACUGGAAGCUGCUGAUGGGUAGGUGGUGAGAAGGAAGAACAGCACCCUCAGGCCCCAGGCCCCACUAGCAAUGGUAACUUCUUCUUCUUCUUGCUGCUGCACCUUCCAGAAACUUUUACUAGCUACGUAAAUAACUCUGGAACACGUGAUCACUCUAAUUGUGAACUCAAGUGGCGAGUGCCACCAGGACUAGAGCGAAAACUAAACCCUGAGAAACUGAGGGAGAUAUUGGCAAGCUCAGGGCAGACCCAAGAUUUGUAGAAGUUAAAACCUAUGGGGCAAAAUAAUCCCUAAACAGCUCAGUGAGGGCUGAGCAUGUGUAGUAGUCAUGGAAUGCUGGGUAGUUGGAAAAGGGCAGCAGUGGGGAAGUGCCACCUAGGAUUUAAAUCCAAUUUCAGUUUUUUUAUUUCAGUUGUAUGAAAUAUAUCCUAACAGAAAAUCUGAAAUUUAAAGCAUAGUUGCUAAAGUAUAUGCUUACAUAUAUUCUUGUGGCAAAGUAUUCAUAUUUUGUCAACCAAACUGAAUAAACAAUUCUUGUUGUGAUCAUGAAGAAACACUUCUUUGCAAUGUAACAAUCGGCCAUUGCUUUUAGAAAGCUCUGGAUUUGGUCUUCAAGUAAGUGAUUUUCUAAUGCUGUUGCAUGCAGUAGUGGAUGACUUGGUGUGGUAGAGGUGUCCCAGCAGGUGAGUUGCUGCUGCUUACCAGGAGGGUGAGGGGCAACACAGUGGCAAUGUCGGUGCUGUGCAAAUGCACAACAGAUUUAGUCUGGUGCUUCUGCUACUGUGUUUGCACUGCACCACCCUCCUCGUCCCUCCACCUCGGGGAGCAGCAGUGACUUAACCGCUGGGAUGUCAAGCAAUGCUUCUGGUUGCAUUUAUAUGUAAGAGCUAGAUAAAUUUCACAGUUUAAUAAUUUACAGUAUUUUAUGCUGUCCAGUAACUUUGUUCUCUGGGCAACUUACAACAAGAAAACAUUAAAAUACAGUAGUAAUUAAUCAACCUUCAAUAAAACAGUAAUCAGAAAUACAAACAUGUCAAAAGCAGCAAGUAAAACAGUAUAAUAAUAUACACAGCAUUGCUAAAAGCAGAAUCUAAAAUGAACAAAUCUGAAAACCCUGCAAAAAUAAGAUGUUCACCUGGUACUGAAAAGCAUAUAAGAAAGGUGCCAGGUGAGUGUCUCUAGGAAGGGUAUUCCAUAACCAGGGUGCCAUCAUAGAAAAAGCCCCCACUUAGGAGCACCCAGAAAAAGGCCUCUGACUAUCUCAAGAUAGGAAUUAGCUACAUAUUAGAGGAGACAGUCCUUCCAAAUGUACUGACCUGAUCUCUGAGAUCAUCUUUGGAGGUCUUUCUCCAGGCGUUCCUUCCCAUUUCCCUCUUUGAUACAACAACCUGGGAAGUUCUGCCCAAGUAAAAUGUAGGCAUGGCACAGUAUCACAACAGUGUUGUUGUUGAUUGCACUCCAAGUCUGUAAGGGUUAUAAUUCUGCAGUGCAAAAGACAAGAGGCCUGUAUGACUAGAGGUUUUGAAUAAUGUUCUUGGGUGGUGAAAUAAGCUCUAUUUAUUUGAUACAGCAAAAUGUUUUGGUUUGCAGUUCACUGGAGUGUAUGCUCAUUCAGAAAAAUAAAAUAAAACACAAAAUUGGAAAUACGUUUUAGAGCAUUUCCUUUUUAGUGAUUUAAAUUUCCUUAUUUUAAACUAAUCAAGUUUUGGAAAUAAGUGUAAUUGAAAUUAUAAGGAUUUACCUUUAUGUAUGUUAUAGAUAAGUUGCAAGGAUUUCAUGGUGGUCCGUAAAUGCUGACAGUUGGCUCAUUUUGCUUUAUAGGCUUGCUCUGCCUGUACAGAAGACGAGAGUUGUCCCUCAAAAACAAGGCUAGAAAAGUCUUGCUCUGCCUGUGACAUUGAGGGACCUUUUUAAAGUAUGCAUUUCCGAAACUGGUUUCAAUCACUGCUGGUGGUCUUUGUACAGUUACUUUGUAAUAAAUAGCACAGUGUGACUGAAAACAGUUUCACAAGUGUUAAGAAUUCCUUUAGACUAGAAUGUGUCACUUGUGGGUGUUAAUGUGGUAUAGAAACUAGCAGAGACCCAUUUGAAAUUGAAUGUACAUUCCAGCUAAUGUAGUUCUUUCAUCUGUCAAAAACUAACUUAAGCAUCCCUUUUGAAAAUGGCCUAAUUCAUCUCUGUUUCUUAAUCUCAGAUUCAUUGUAUGAACAUCCAUAUCUGCUAUGAAAACUGGUAUAUAACAUAAGUAAAAUAAAAAUCAGAAAUGCCUGUCACAAUGAGGAAAUACAUAGAAGAGGUCCAAAAGUUUGGUUGUCCUUGGUUCACUAAUUUCUUUUAGGCCUUUGCAUAGAGUUGUUUGUGGUCAUAUGAAAUGUAACCCGUUUCUUUUGUCCCUUCAUUUUUACAAAAAGUAGUGCAUACUAUCUUGCUACCAGACUGUUUCCUCUUCUGCAAACAACAGAUAAUUGCUUUUCAUUGUCAGGCUGUGAACUGCAGUAGGUCCAGCGGUAUGCCUCUUGCUUUAUUUUCUAUAUUAGACAAGGAAGUACAGAUUUCUUUUUAAAAAAAUUAAAAAACCCUUGUGUGAUGCCAUAAUUGGCAUUUCAUUCACUAAGUGUUUAAACUUUCUAACCAAUCUGAGGCAAAUACAACCUCAUUGCCAGCUGUGCAUGUUGCUAUGGGAACUCAGUAGGGACUAGCUGCUGAUUACUGUUCUAAGGACCACACCUGGCUUAUUUGCAUUCAAUUUAAGUUGGGGAAAUUUCAAAAGAAGAAAAGGGGAGCUUAGAUUAGCCAGUGGGCAGCCAGAAAAGGCUUGUCAUUUUGAGGCUGCCAGUUUGGACGACAAAAGCUGUUUUCUUAUUCAUCAGACUUCUUGGCAGACCCACACAUCGUUUGGAAUUUUGUAGAUAUUUUGGAAAUGGGUUGUUGGUUCAAUCUUGAUGCUACUUCAAAUUCUCUUGCAUCGUUGUCUCUUAUUACCUCAAUCCAGCAAAUUUCAUUGCACUGUACUGCAUCUAUAAUAUAUUGUCUGAUUAAAGUGAUAUAUGUUAUGCAGGGAGAAUGCUGAACAGAUUUUUGUUCUUGAGAAAUUUCAUCUUGCAUUAAGCAAAGGUUGAAAUCAUAGGGAGAACUUCCAUUUUUGCCUCUUACAUUUCAAACAGUAGGAGGGUUAUGAAAGAAUGGACCACUUCAGGUUAUUUUACCUUGGUUUAUUAAGAGGAGCUGUGCAUGAUAUUUUUGCUCAUGCACAGAGCCCCUUUUCUCCUGGUUACCAGUUUCUGAACAAGUCAAGUUCUUAAAUCUCCCCCCCCCUUUUUUUUUUCUUUUUAAGCUGGCUUCAGAUCUUUGCUUGCUCUGAAGCUAGUAAUGGUAGAUUCUUGGUUCAGACAAAAUGAGAAGCUACAGUUUAAUUGUGGCUCAUUGUGAAAGGGCUGCUUGUGUGUGCCACAAGCUUGUAUAUGGCUGCUUAGUAAGCCAGUGUAAUGUUUGUCUGAACACAGAUAUUGGUGAAGGAGAGCAGUGGAGCUGUUUUCACAGAUUCUUGCUCAUAUAUUGAGAGCCAGAAUGUUAGCCAUGUCUAAUACAGUGGUACCUCGGGUUAAGUACUUAAUUCUUUCCGGAGGUCCGUGCUUAACCUGAAGCACCACUUUAGCUAAUGGGGCCUCCUGCUGCGCCACCGGAGCCUGAUUUCUGUUCUCAUCCUGAAGCAAAGUUCUUAAGCUGAAGCACUAUUUCUGCGUUAGCAGAGUCUGUAACCUGAAGCGUAUGUAACCUGAAGCGUAUGUAACCUGAGGUACCACUGUAUUUUAUUUCUCUGCAAUGUGAGAUUCACACAUGUACAGAAUUAUGAACUUUCUUCCACAAAGUAUUAAAUACUGAAAUAAAGCACAAAUAUUUCAAAACCCAUAGUGCAUAACUCCAUGCUAGGUUUUCCAUAUGCAGGAUUCCCAAAUCUGGGUAGCUUAAAUGUAUAUUGUGCAUAGCAUAUCUCCUGACGAUGCAAAUGCAGUUCACCACAUUAGCAUCUGGCCUGUAUAAUUUCCAGCAGGUGUUAUGGACCACAUGUUGAGAUAGUUGCAUUGCAUGGGGUUUGACUAGAUGACCCUAUGGGUCCCUUUCAACUCUGCAAUGCUAUUAUUUUACAUAUGCUCUUCCAGCAUACUGAUGGCAGCCUGGAAAAGGACCGUGUGAUGUUCUCUUAUCUGACCAUUUUCCUCUUUCAAUUAAAUGGCUCUUCAGUUCAGUCCAACUAUCAGUUCUGUUUUGUCUUUUCAAGAGAAAUAGCCAAUUUGUUAGGUUGUUCAUAUUUUUCCUCUUAGGCAAUCUGGCAGUACAGCUGGGUCUAUUUUGAUCUUCCUGCUACUCAGGUAAUGGAGCAGAUUUCAAUUUUGAUUAUUUGUUUGGAUGUUUAAUGUAUAUUUGAAAAUUACAUUCAGUUUUUAAUGUUGCCGUCCUUGAGAACUAGCAGACUAUCCACCCCCCAUAAGAGCCCAGGAUUGUAUACUAAGGGUGUGGCAGUCUGCCCUACCCCCCCGAUAAUCCCCCCCCCCCAAUUUAAAGAGUGCAGAGCCUUAAUUUUUCACAUGUAACACUAGAGUAGGAUACAGCACCUUCGGACAAAUAUUGUAAGUUAAUUUUGUCCGUACACUGUUAAUGAAGGUUAAAUAAAAAUAAUAAAUAAUAAUAAUAAUAAAAGCUGUGUGGUAUCCACAGGUUUAUACAACAAUACUUUUUGUAGUUUAAGGAACUGCAGCUUGUUUUCUGAUGUCAAUUUUGUAUUUAUUUCAUAAAAUUUAUAUACCUCUUGAUUGUAGGAAAAAACCUUAAAGCAGCGUACAAAAAACAUAUAUGCACCCAAAAAGAUAUAUAUGAACAAAACAAAAAAAAGAUUCUUAAGCAGCAAAUGCCACCUAUCCCUUUUAAAUAAGACUCCAGAGCUACUUGUUGGACAUUCACAACUAGGAAAUGAUGACAUUUAAAACAAAUUAUUGUGGACCUUGGAAUUACAGUUCUAAGUACAUCCAGUUACUUGGCUACCUAGUCCACUAUCAUCAUUCCCCAGGUGUAUCUGCUGUUGCUUACAAUCUCAUUAGUGUGAGUGAAUUUUGACAAAAAACAUUGUGCUUGCAUCAACAGGUGCUGCACUGCCUGCUUCUACUAGGAAUCAUAUCCAUUUUUUCUCUUGACAUUCUCCUCCUGUCUUACCAGUUCCUUUCCCAGACAGUUGCUUAGGUCACUGGGGGAGGGAAAUACAUGGAUUUUUGACUCUUAAAACUAUCACGAGUGAUAAAAAGAGACACUUCACAAGCAGGUACCUGCUGUAUUGCUCAUAGCAACAUAUGAUUUCCCUUAUACUGAGGCAGAUCAGUGGUACACCCAGCUGUUUGUGGUCUGCCCUCAUUGGUUGCAGCUGUCUUGGGGGUUUCAGGCAAAUCUCUUUCCUGCCUUAUCUGGAAAUGCUAGAGAUUGACCUGGACCUUUUGCAUACAAAGCAUAUGCUUUAUUUCUGGGCUCCUGUGCUGCAGUUUUCUAGCAAGCAGCUGGUGGUCUUCUUGAAAAGGUACCAGAAAGCCUUCACUUCUUUAUUAGAAUGAGUAAUUGCUUCUGUGAAUCAAAUUAAAUACAUUGAGAGAUACUUGAGAAGCACAGGGUUCCAGUUCAAGGCUAUUAUUGAAUAUUAACUGUGCCUUUUAAAAAUAAUUUGGUAUAGCUCAGCACUACAGUUGUUUGAGCAUAAUGGGGUCUCAUGACUUGCAGUGCAUAAGAGUCCAGUCAAAUCAAGGAAAAGUUAAGAGUUCUGUUUUCACACACACACACACACACACACACACACACAACUUUAAAUGGGGCAGAAUGGUCUAUUCUGUGAUGGUUGUUGGGAGAGUAUUUGCAAGAGUGGGUCUGCAGUAACAGACCAAACUCUAGUAUGUGACUCUCACUAACUUUAGAGUGUGUGCGCUUGUUGAUUUGCAAGUUUUCCUUGUUAUAGGUCCUCUGGAGCUAUUUUUUUAUCCCUGCCAGAUUCAACAACAUUCUUCUGAGCCAAAUCCUAGUCUUCAGCCCAAGAGCAAGAGGGACGUGGAACUUUUGGGAAUUGUAGGCACAUUUCAGAUUUAGAGAGAAUUCUGUGGAUACCAAUCACAAAAUUGUGUUCAUGCGAGGGGAUGGUAUAACACAACAUGGAUGGUGUGGGAGGCAUGUGUAGUAUAAAAUUGAGAUACAGUCAUUGCUGCUUAUCCCCACCCUACCCCCAAUGCUUGGCAUGUCCUGCUGGUCCUGAUAGUAGAGAUGCAGCCAUAAAGGCAUGGCAACCUUGUUUUUCCCAUUCCAAUCCUAAACCUAAGCCUAUGCUGCAUACUGUACCCACUUACCUGAGAGUAAGUCCUGUUAAACACAGAGUUUCUUCUGAAUGGAAAUGUAAACCAUUGUACUGUGAAUUCUCACUGGCUAAAAACACUGAUAGGCAGGAGCAGCCAUCAUGACUCAUUUUACAGAAAUUACAUAGACUGAUACCUGCACAUUUUGCUUAAUAACUUUAUUUCUAAGAGCGUUAGAGACUUUCUUUCAUUAUUAUUAAAUGAAAGCUCAGAGCCUGGGGCCCCUGUCCGACGCCAGAGAAGGCCUUCGUGAGUGCCAGGUUGGUAGUCUCCUGGUGCAGAGGGUAGUGGCUGCAUCUAUGGGAUUGCUAACUGUUCAUUUCAGUGGGUUCUUAGUGGCACCCUGGCCAGCCUAGGCCAUCACCCUCUACCCCCUUGUCAAAGUUCUCUUCCUUUUAAAAGCAGUUGCUGAUGAAAUCUAUUUCCUUAGGGGGGGAAACAGAACCCCUUCUACCUGAUCUCUGAAAUUGAAUGUAAUGUUAAUUGGAGAGAGAAUAGGACCUUAAACAUCAAUAAAUUUUGUCCCUACUUUAUUAAAGUGUGGUCACUAGGGGAAAACCCCACACUUAUUUUCUAGCAUGGCUGUGCUCUUGUAGUGGAGUGGUAGGGCUGUGGGGAGAAAAUGCACCUCAUUUCUGACAGCUGCAAAUGGUCAGGUAAGAAGACCUUAUAUUACAGCUCCCCUUUCUGCCUCUAGAAUUUGGUAAAAACAGAGAUGAAGUACCAGAUGGGAAUUAUGCAAACGAGGCAUGCUAAUUUAGCACACCUUAUUUGCAUGAUUAGCACAGUUGUUUUGCAUAAUAUGCAAAUUCUUAUUCUGGCUUUAGGGGAGUUGGGAUGUGACAGCCAUAUUCUCACAGCAGCAAGGAGGGGAGAGCAAGAGCAGGGAAAGAAUUCUGAUUAAAGAGUUGUUCUUGUUCGUGCUGCAGAGCUGGAGAAAGAACAGGACUCAGUUGGCUGUGGUCAGUUACAAACAUAGGAUUAUAUGCAGUGUUAGAUAUACUCAAAGUAGACUCAUUCAUAUUAGUGUACAUGAUUAACUUAGGUCCAUUAAUUUCAACAGAUCUAUUCUGAGUGGAAUUCAACUGGAUACAACUAGUGUCUUCCCAGUGUGAGUGCUUGACAGUGCAGAAAGCAUACUGCUAAGUAACAGUAUUCAUGUCAUUUUCUCUCAUUUUUUUUCUUCUUCAAACCAUGUGAUGAAAGGAGUAGGGACUAAAUAGCUAUUUCAAAAAAGUUUCAUUUAGAAUUCAAGAGACUUCACAGCUUCUAAAAUUCAAAUAAUGGAAUAGAUACAAUCAUAUGCUAGAAUACAGUGCAGAUUUACAAGAAUAACACAGAGCUGAUUCAUUUUUGUGCUUUAAAAUUAGGCUAGGUAUAUAUGCAGAUUUAAACUAUGUGAAUUUAGUCCAUAGCACAGACAGAUGUCUGAAGUCUUGUUAAUCCCAGUUCAGUUCUCUGUGAAGCUUGCGUCUCAAUGAAACUGGGAAGUCAGUGAGUUUGUGCUCUUGAUUUUUAGGGGUGGAGGUGGGGAUCCCAGUGAGCCCUAUGGCCACUUAGGUAAUAAAAGACAGGUGACUAAAAUUGUUUACUCAAGGACAUUUCACAGAUUAUGCAGAGGCAAACCCAGGUUUACUGUUGAACAUUGCCUAAAACAGCAGUGGGAAACGAAUGGCCCUCCAGAUGUCAUUUGACUACAACUUAUUAUUCCUGAUCAGUGGCUAUGUGGGCUGGGGCUGAUGGGAGCUGGAAUCUCACAGCAUCUAGAGAUCCCCCCUCUAGUUUAGAGGGAGUGGCUGCCAGUCAUGGCUGCUAGUCAUGGCUGCCAGUCAUGACUCCCUGAUGAGUGUACCUGUAUGAUAGACAUGUAGUUCCUACAUUCACGUUUUAUAUCAAAACAUGUUAGCUACAUGCCCUAAAAAUGUAGUGCGUGAAAUAGUAAGAUUUCCUUUCCCACUUCAAGAGAGUCUACUGAAAUUUGGUUUACGAAUUACAUAAUUGCAACUGAAAUUAUGUAUUAAUUCUAUAUUCUGAUUGUGAAUUGUUUUUGUUUGUUUGUUCUGAAAUUGCUGUUUUCUUUUGAUUGUGUUAAAUGUUAUUUUGGACAAGUAAGCACUGAUUUGCAUAGGGCUUGUGCUCUGGGUCAUAGUGCGCAUAUGUGAAAUCGCUUGCAGUUGAAACGCCCUGCUCUGCCCAUUUAGUGACAUUUUUUUAUUACGUCUCUAGGUCACUUCAGGGUUUGGCGCUUUGCGUGAUCACGUACAAACGACUUGCACCUAAAACAGGUGUUGCCUGCAUUUUGUUUUUAUUGUGAGUUGCCUCCAGAGCCUUGUGGGGUAGAAGAGCAGGUUUUAAAUUUUUUUUUAGUGUAGUUUAGCAGUCUAAUCUGAGGUAAUCUCUAAAAAUAUUAAUUAAUCACCUGUUUUGAAGGGCGAGUUUACAUAACCUAUAUGUUAAUUAUUUCCUUUAUAACCUACCUUUUGAGCUCAGAACCUGGAUCUCCCCAGUCCUAGACAAGCCUUCUAAUCACUAUGCUACACUGACUUCAAUAUAUCCUGGUGUCUUUCAGAGAGUGGUUGCCAAAUUUAAUAGCAGAUAUCUGUGGCUAUAGCUUUUAUGUAUGUUUUGGUCAGAAAAAUAGGAAUAAACAUCGCUGUACUUUUUACAUUUUUGCUUCCAGCAGAGCAGUCUACUCACUGGGAUUGUGCCUACUUCUGGCCACAGUGAGAAUCCUUCUCUAACGAAUUUAUUCCUCUAGAAGAAGAGACUCUCUAGGUACCCAGUCUGAACAGGGUAGGUCCCAACUUUUUGAAAUAUUAAUACACCAACUUGACUGUGCAAACUUAGGAACCAAGAAAAGACAGAGAAGGUGACAGAGACAGCCCUUUUUGUACCAUUCAUAAUCCCCCAUCAAUCAGUGAAAAGAGAGGACAUGUUACUGAGUAGUUGCCUAAACUCUUCUACAUCCAUCAGGACAGAAAUUUUGCAGAUAAAGCAAAAUUUCCAUUUCUCCCUUUGCCCACAAGGCAGUCAGGAACAGUUCAAGAGCAGCUCUAUCCCCCUUUAGGAACAAAAAAUCCAGUCUUUCAGGAUAUUCUGCAUUACACCACUCAAAUUGUGGGGUUUGUAGGUGACCCAGUUUGGAACAAACCCCCCCAAACGUAUUUGCAUACACACACAGGCUGGGAGCCUCAAUGGUGCCCCUCUGGAGGCUUCAUCCGGGACAAAACACCUGGGUUAGCAUGCCCCCCGCCCCGGUAGCUCUGCAAAAGAGCCAAAUGUAAAUGUAAACAACAGCAUUCAGUGUGGAUAACUUUCUUGGAAUGAUAGAUAUGAGAAAGAAAAAAGGCAGAGAUCAAAGCAUGGCUAUUAAGUUUUCCAAGAUUAUGGGAAUUAAAAAAGACUCUUAAGGGUCUGUUGCAAACUAUUGCACAAGAGUUGUAUUAGUUUCCUGGGUUAAGGCUAUGAUAGGAAAACCCAGGCAUUGACAGACAAUGAGAUCCCUUGAAGCCCUUGCAAAAUUGAGUUCAAAAAUUACAAAAACAGUGGGGAGCAGAUAUCUAGCAAUAAGUGAAGGCUUCAAGCAAAAAUUGACCCAAACAGAACCAUACUUCUAGUUUUGGAUUCCUGAUAAAGUUAUUGUUAAGCCAUGUAGAGUUUUCCCUAAGUCAAUAGAGGGGAAGGUGACUGUGGAACAUAGUGGAAUUUUCAUUUUCCCACUAUGGGUGGUCAGUGAUAAAGUGCAGGGGAAGUGCAAAAGGAAUCUUGUCUGCAACCUUUUAGCUUGGGGGUUCCUAGUGCUAAUGGGUGCUAAUGCAUUUAAUUUAUCCCAGGAGGAUGCUCAGUGCUUCCUGUAUAGUUCUUUCCCCCUUCAGUACCCUAGGAAGUCAAUCACUAGGUGUGCUGCAAAGCUUAAUUAAAUUGGAACUGGGCAGAGAGCAGGGUGUAUAUACAUUCCAUAGACCCCCCACACCUACUGAAUAUAGGGUGGAAUGCUUAGGUAGUCUGUGUUAACAUGACUAGUCCUGUGCUAGAUCACUUUUCUAGCAAUAUAGAGACGUUUGAACCAAUAAUCUUGGGAGACACUCAGAAUGGAGGAAUGUACUUACAUAGCAACAAUAUUCAGUCUACUUGUCUCUUCUCAAAAGGUGUGGCAAAUAUUUGAAAGAUAGCUGACAUGUCCAAAUUAAUUGAGACAUGUAUUUUUUUAAUGUAUUUUUAUUAAAGAUUUUCUUGAUUUACAAAGGUAUGUGCAAUGUCUCUCUCUCGUAAUUUUUUUCCAUGUAACAUUUUUUUAAAAAAAACAAACAAAUUGGUUUCAUUUGUUGAGACAUUAGGAAGAAUAGGGGGAAAGAGGUGGGGGGAGAUGAGUGGGGUUGGGGUUGGGUGGUGAUGUUUCUAUUUUACUUAAUAUAUGUGGGGUUUUGUGUCAGGAGACAUGUAUUUUUUGAGUUGGCAAAUAAAUCAGAGACUUUUGAAGUAAACUGUUUCCUCCUUACUGAAUUUAUAAAAUAAAUUAGCCAUGAAUAGUUACAAGGAUUCAUCUUUGAUUUGAUACUAUUUGUAAUUAUACCCCUGAUAUUUUGUAUAUUUAUUUUUUACAUGUUUAAAAUAAAAAAAUGACAUGGUAAGCCACCCUAGUUUGAAGUUAUGACAUGGAUAAUGACAGGUGAUGGCUAGUUGACAAUUUAUAAAUGUUUAAUGUUUAGGGUAAAAGCUAGAGGUGUCUUGUAUGAGCAUCGUGUACUUCUGCUCAUGCAACAGAACUUCACCAUCUCCUCCUACAGGGAACCAGGCAGAGGGCCUUCUUGUCGGUAGCGCCCUCCUACAUCAGAUGUCAAGGCAAUAAAGAAUUACACAACUUUUAGAAGACAUCUGAAGGCAGCCCUGUAUUGGGAACGUUUGACGUUUUAUUAUGUUUUUAUAUUCUGCUGGAAGGGGGACCCAGGCAGAUGAACAGGGCAUUACUAAUAAAAUUACCACUGCUACUACUACUACUACCCCACAUUCCUCCAAAUGCCACCUCUACCCCAACUCCACCCUGCCCUUCCCCAAUUUCUCUUUUCUCUCCCCCAUACCAGAGCAUAAAAACACUCUCACUCACAGAGAGAGAGAGACCCUUCUCCCCACUCCCACAAAUCAUUUACUACAGACAUGAGUCUGCUCCAUUUUCUUCCUGCCCCUGCCUUUGAGAAACAGCCAGUGAAAGCAAAGAGAUGAUGGACUAGGACAAAUACAGUAUAAAGAGAUACCAGGUCAAUUAUACACCUCAGUUUACAUACCAUAGCUGUGGGUAAGCAAAUGGCACAGACCACAUGUAAUGUGUAAAACUAAAUAAAUUACAUUUUAUUUUAAAAUAACACUAUGAACCAAUGGUGAUGUUAGUUUGUAUGGUUACUGUAUAUUGAAUUUUACUUACUUACUUACUGUUCCUUUAACUCAGAAUGAUUACACAAUAAAGUACUCUUUUAUAAAGAAGAUACAGUACUUUGAGUUAUUCCAUCCCCCCCCCCCCCCCGUAUUUAAACCUAAAUUUUCCUAAAGGACUCACACCCAGUUUGCACUCAUCAACUAGACCCUUUUCACUGCCUAUGCCCUUUUGCCUCUGGAGUCUCUCAAGCUUGAGUUCUGCUGAAGUCUUUCCCUAGGUAUAGCAACUUCUCUUACUUCAGGCACUCAGCAACCCCACUGACUCUUGCCUUCAGAGUUCUUCAGCUCUUGGUUUGUCCCAGGUAUCCCAGAACUUCUAAGCCUCAGUGUCUUCCACCUGGCUGCAGCUUCUUCUCAGCUUCUUCUUGAAUCUUCUGUUGCCGUCUUCUGCUGCUUCUCUUCCACUCUCAAGGCACACUAUUGGCUGGAGACUUCCCAUUUAUGUCCAAACAGGGCACCUCCCUCCCACCAGUCAUUUCAAAUUUGGGUGAAAUUCACCUCCUUCAUCAUGCCACAACUCUGGUUCAGCGGGUUGAGACAGAAUGUCCACUUACUAAACCAGUUAGAACUUGCAAAUUUUCAGUCCACAGUGUCUGUCUAUAAAAACAGAAACCUCAGUCUCAGAGCUCUUAUCUGCCACAAAGUAAAGUGGCAGUUAACUGAACAUUGCAGCCACCUGCAGGCUCCCUCUGAGACUUUGUGUUUGUCACAGCUCACAGCAGUAAAUCAAGAUAGUUAUAGCCGAUUAACCCUUUACAUUCAACAGUGUGAAUUCCCUUAUACAUUACUUUGACACAAAACAUUACCUAAGAAUAAAAAGUGAUUUCUUCACAUGGAUUCUCCCCCCCUUUUUUUACGCAGUUUACUUAUGAGUUCAAAGAAAGAAUAGAAUUGCCUGAGAUUGAGAAGGUAGACAUCUUUGAGUAGGUGGUUUAGCUGGGAAGUAGAUUUCUGCCAGAUUUGGUCUGAUGAAGAAAUAUGAGAGCAACAAUAAGGGGAGCUUCAGAAAUGGCAUUUACUUGCUCAUUUUUAUGAACUAUAUAGAGAAGCAUGAAGAUGGCUGAAACUGUAUGCUAGGUGUGCAUGUGUCUGUGGACUAUUAGAAAAGUACAAUGUUUGAAGUGGUACUGAAUUGCUAAGAAGCAGUUGCAUCACAAGUACUGUAUCUGUUGUGGGCUUGUGUCAGUGAAGCUUCUGGCUUCGGUUAGCAGAAUAGGUGUGGGGCAACAGAAAAUAUAUCAUUGUUCCAAUUGGAACAUUUCUGUUUGCAUUUCUGAAGAAAGUGAAAGUUGUCAUUUUGACUAAAGUAAAAUUUUCACAAAAAUACUUGGGAAAGGAGCAAACCAGGAGUGGUCCAAUACCAAGCUCCUGAAGAUUUUUCUAGAAACAGGAAGUCAAAAUAUUGGCAAACUGAAAAUCCAAAUCACACAUUUCAAAUUUAAAAAUUGGUCUCACACAUCCUUGUUCAUCUGAAGAGCUGCAGGCUCUCAAUGGCUUAAUUGUUCAAGAGGUUAUCUUAGCUGAUGACAGGAAUGCAAGAUGAUGUUGCCUCCCCUCUACCAAUAUAUGUUUGUGUUGUCUAACACCUGCAAGUUCAUUAGAAUGGCACCCAGGUAUUAUGAAACAUGGAAGUUUCAUAGAUUGUGUUUUAAGUUUUUGUUUAUGCUGAACUUGUUGAAGCUAGGCUGAUCUGUACGGUUGGUGAACAGGACAUACUGGUAGUAGUUACAUAGCUAUGUCAUUACAAAUGAUACAGGAAUGGCACAACCUAACGGUUAUGUAUUAAAACUUUAAAGGGCUAGGUAAAGGUAAAGGGACCCCUGACCAUUAGGUCCAGUCGUGACCCGUGUCCUCAAAGGGCUAGGAGACCAGCUCAAAUGCAGUACUGUAUUGGAUUAUUUGUGUGUGUGGGGGUUGUUUCACAGCUUAAUAUCUGCUGGGAAGAACAUACAAGGAGGCCAAAGCUUUAGUACAGUGCACAUUUGCCAUUUUGAUUAAGAAACAUGCGUUGAGGAUGGUUUAAGAAUGCUGUACUGCAGGUUCUCUGAUUUUGCCUCUUUCAUUUUUUGGCCCAUCAUUCCUCAUACUUUAUGGUUUAUUAUGUCUUGCCUACCAAACCCCAGGCUAGCACAGUAGUGCUAGAUGUUAUAGGACCCUGGAAAAUAUCAGACCACACUCCUGUGCUAUUGCAGUUCCAAGAACAUCUGCGUCUGAUUUAUUCAAAUCUCUAUAAGUUCAAUACUUCCCUUUUGACCAAAGUUCAUGAAUAACAGCCACAAGCCUUUCAGUAAUAUUUUGUCAUGAAAGACUAUAGGAAAUACAUGGACAGUAAAAUACAGAUGAAUGAGGUUAAACAAGCAAUAGCCAGUUUUAAAGCCCACAAAUCUCCAGGAUCUGAUGGUCUCUGAAGUGAUUGGUGUUUUUUUAAAAGAUUCAAGAACAACAUAUUAUACAAAAUCCCUUAUUCCUGGUUCUAUUUGUGGAUUAUUGUAAUUCCAGAACUACAGAAGGAUUUGAAUGAUGUUCCUUCAUAACUUCAGCUUUUUAUUUAGAAACUUGACUGCAAAAUAUUUAGUCCAAUUAAUGGCAACUCAUCUCAAUAAUAUUAUUUCAAACUCAGACCAGGCAAGAUUUAUAAAAGAGAGAUAAAUAUCAUAUCCAAUCAAGGAAAGUAUAGAUUGAAUAAUACAUAGUAGAUGUCCAGAACCCCCUUGUGUAUUUUUGCUUUGGAUACAUAGAAAGCAUUUGAUUGCGUUGAAUGGCUUUUCUUGUGUGAGUGUUUAGAAGUUUCGAAUGGGUGCCCUUUUCUCUCAAGUCAUUGCACUUUAUACAGCCUUCUCUGUGGUGGUGCCUAUGAAUCACUUCAGCUCAGAACUAUACAAAAUCUCCAGGAUUACAAAGGAAGGUUGCUCUCUAUCACCCUUGUUUGUUUGUUUUUGACCCUCAAACCAUUAUCUCAAAAAGUUGAGCUUUAAUUUUGUUACCAGGAAAGUUCAAGGAGAUUAAAACCUGGAAGACCCCUCCCCCUCCUCAAAAAGCAACUCUUCUCAAAGACUAUAUAACUUGUUAGAAGAAAAUUUUAUGACAGGUCUUGUUGGCCUCAAAUCUAUAAAGGAGAAAUCACUGAAAAGAAUAAACAAUCUGCAACGAAACACAAAGAACACUAUAAACCAAUCUACAGUAAUGUAAGAUAUUCUUAAAUUGUUCCAACAGUAGUAUGGUGGUACCUCGGGUUACAUACGCUUCAGGUUACAGACUCCGCUAACCCAGAAAUAGUACCUCGGGUUAAGAACUUUGCUUCAGGAUGAGAACAGAAAUUGUGCAGCAGAGGCGCGGCAGCAGUGGGAGGCCCCAUUAGCUAAAGUGAUGCUUCAGGUUAAUAACAGUUUCAGGUUAAGAACGGACCUCCAGAACAAAUUAAGUACAUAAGCAGCAGUACCACUGUAGUAGUACCUGGAUCGUCUUGUAAGGAUGUUUUGUAAAGCAGGUCAGCGGACUGCUGACGAGGAUGUCAGAUAUGGUGACAAUGUGCAUCGGGGAAGCACUUUGGGAUGGUGUUUUAGAGAUUGAAAUCACUGCUUUUGGGUGGAGGGUGUACUCAAGGGUACACAGUACUGGCACCUUUCCUCCCUCAAAUGUUAAAAGUGUGGCACUUACUGUAACAACUUCAUACCAGCACCUUAUAUAUUAGUUCUCGAAGCUACCAGCAUGAGUUUGACCAAACUGCAGGAGGCAGUGGAAGAAGGGAGUGCCUGGCUUGCUCUUGUCCAUGGGGUCACGAAGAGUCGGACAUGACUGAACAACAAAUACACACACACACACACACACACACACACAUAUAAGCGCACUGAUUAAAACUAUUAAGUAUUGGGUGGUUAAGUAUUGGGUGGUUUAAGUUUUAAUUGAUUAAAUAUGCAUAUGAAUUAAGCAUUUUAAAGAAGGCAACCAAACAUACAUGUAGCAGAGCCAUUUCCGACCUUGGGAGGAGAGGGGGUUGCGGGUGACCCCCUCCCACACACGCGGGGGCUGGCCUUUUGCCCCCGCGAGAUCCAGGGAAUCCCCGGGCGUGCCUGCGACUCGGCCCGCCAAUCGGCGGGCUGGGGAGGCGUGGCCUAGCCUACUUAAGGCCAGGCACGCCCGGGGACCGCCCUCUUUCCCCUGCAAAUUGUGAACUAGAAAGCCACAGGAUUUUUUGAGUCUAGACUUUGACAGGUCUGCUAUAUCACCUCUGAGUAUUCUGCUGGCUAUGACUUUUGCUAUCUCUCUGGCAUUGUGACUUGAAAAUUGUAAUGGGCUAUAAGGAUCAAGAAAAUAUUGGGUUUGUGCUGGAUUCGAGCUAGCAGACAAUUCUUUUUCUGUUGCCUUCUAGUUAAAAUGAAUUUUAGAAUCUAUGAAAUUCAACUGUUACAACUUCCUUUCUAGAUGCAAUGAUUUUUCACCAUGGAUGAGAAAACAUUUAAAUUUUUUUUUUGAAAAAAGGGACUUUCCUUCACACCAGUACCCACUAAGUACCAACAAUCAACAGCUCUUUUGAUUUCUGAAGAGCAACUAGAUUAUGCAAUGUGUAACAUUCCAGUCCCGUGUUCUGCUUUUGAAUGAUCCAUGCUUUUUAAAAAUUGCAGCAGAUAGCAUUAGAAGAGUUUAUUUCAUCAUUUUGUUGGGCCCUUUUGUGGGGGAGAAGUCUUCACAUGACCAUUCAUUUCCCUUCUGACAUUUACUUUCUAAUCACAGAGUCUUAAAUUACUCUUAUACAAUCUUUGUACAAGAGUUUCUGAGUGGCCCUGAUGAUUAAAGAAGUACAGUUGUAAAAUAAAGUUUACUAUAAAGACUAUUUGUUUAGGAAGACUGUUUAUUUAGAAAUACAAUAAUAAAUAAGUCAGACUAUUUAGGAAUUAAUGUUAUGUACAUAUACAGAUACAUAUAAAUUAGGAGCCAGCAGUUCUAGAUAACAGCAACUUUAUUAGAGGUACAGGGAGUGAGAAUGGUCAAAUAUUACUUGUUACAUCUACCAGUGUUGGACUACCUUUGCAAAACAGCAAACAUGAAUUGCUUCCUAUAUGCUGCCUAAAGUUAUGUGGCUUCUCCUUGUACACAAUUAUGUGUGAGAGACUGUUAAAUUAUAGCAUAACACAUUUGGAAAAGAUCACAUAAAUGUGCAAGUAGUAGUUAAGACAGGUUUGUGUUCAGCUCCUACCUUGCUAAUUGUUUUCUUGGGAUUAUUUGGAUUCUGUAGAAAGCUUUUCCAAAUCUCCUUUAUUACUGAAGUCAUUGUUGCCAGCAGGAAUAAGAUUAAAGGUGCUUAAGUCUGUAGAGUUGUUUCUAAUUUGUAUAUGUCAUUUCAGUGGCAUUUUAACAGAAUUUUGUCUUGCCUCUUUCCCCUCCCUACUUCCCCAUGGUACUGUGCUCAAGUUAGGUCUGAGAAGCAAAGCUAUUGGAAGAAAUUUCAUUUUGUUCCCUAAUUAUUAUGCUGGCACUUGGGAGAUAAUUUUUCCCUUCAUGCACUGCCAAUUAAUAUGCAAAUGAGCUGAUAAAUAUUUAUAUCAUGAUUUAAAUUAUGCAGGGAGCGCUUUCAGUGUACUCUGCAAAUGAAUUGUUCAUGGACUUCAAAGUGCUGGCUGCUGUGCUUAACGAGGGGAGAUUUGCAUAAGGCCCUAAUCAGGCGCAUACUGAUUAAGCUUCAUUAUGGAAACUGCCAGCUGCAAUCUUUGUUUCUAUUUUAUUUAAAAAAGGGGAACUUUUCAUGCUUCAGUCGCCUUGACAAUGUCAGACACAGCUAGUAGGAGAGACUAAAACUCUACAGAGCAACUGAAGUUUCUCUGUUCAGUUGAAGAUUGCUAUGGUGUAACUGAAGUUGUAUUUCCUAUCCCUACCCCUCCCUUUCUUCUGUUAAAAGUAGUAGUGUAGGUUUUUUAUUUUAGAAAUCCCCCCCCUUUCCUUGGACUAUCUGAAUCUGCAGAGGACUGCACAGCAAUGCUGGACUGCAGCGACUACAUUCUAGGUGGGUACCAGUUCAACUGACUCUUGCAAGCGUGUAAUAUGGAAAUAGUGGUUGUUGGAUUGACUAUGCAGUGGCUUAAUCGCAUAUGCAAGACUAAGGGAGGCAUUUAUUUGAAAGGCUGAGGACUACCAGCGAUGUGGUGGCAAGUGCCUCCUCCGUUCUUCAUUUUUUUUCCUGUGUUCAGGAAGAUCUUGUUCUUUAUUUUUGGAUAGAAUGGAGUUGCUCUUCAGUUUCAGUGUCGUUUAAUGCAGAAGCUUCUGAUAUUUCAAUCUUAAAAGCAUUUGAUUUUGGAAAGAAAUAGGAACUUCAUUUAAUGUGUCUGUUUAUGUAAAACUGCAUAGGGGUGAGAGUCUUCUGCCAUAACUUCCUGGCCUGACCAGAUCAUUCUAAGUUGGGUAUAUUUGUGUGGGUGUAGGUGAUAUAAAGCCACACUGUUCAAUGUUUAAUAGGAAGCAAGCACUGCUAAUACCACUGCUGAUACUGUUACAAGAAGUGAUGCAUAUGGCUACUAGUGUUCUGGCAGUUGAAAAAUAUGCUUUUAAAUUAAAGUAUAGGCUUCAUUCAAAAACAUAUUUUGCAAAUAUGUUUUUAAGGUUUUGCAAAUUUUAUCCUUUAUCUUCAGGCCUUAGAAUUAUAAAAAUCAUAAUCUAAGGAUUUAGACUACGCUUACCUUAGAAAUGUAAAAUUUAAUGUGAUUUUUGCUUCAAGAUACACAGCUUUUCCCUCCAUAUAUGCCGUUUUUAACAAUGCUGUAUGGAGGAAUCCUAGCAAAUGACACCUUCAUCUUAGUGUGAAGAACAGUAGCUGAAUUUAAAGGGUUUAUCAGUUCUAAGAAAUCCACCCUUCCCCUAUAUAUUUUGAAAUGCUGAUAAUUUUAUUGCUGACUGGCCUUGAUAUCUGUUAAAAUGCUAGUAAGAAUGAAUCUAGAUUCUAGAAACUCAUCAGGAUGUGACCUCAGCACUGCACCUGGUGCUUUCAAUCUAUGCUUCAGUUUGCUGUGUGUACUUUAGAUUAUGGCAGUGUUUUAGUGUCAUUGUUACAAAUUAAGCCUUAUGCUGCUUGUGAAAGAAAGGAGGAGGAAAUGGCAGUCUCUGUAAGAAUUAUAGAGAAAAUUUAUUUGAACAUCCACUAGCCAAAUUAACUUGUAGAUAGUAGAUUUUGCCUAUUUCAUCACUAAUCCAUUGCUUGUGUUUGUGUGUGUGUGGUGCAGAUCAUUGAAAUUAAUUUACUGGAUCAGAUCAAGUUCCAGCUAAUCUAGUAUUUUGUUCUUAGCAAUUGUCAACCACAUGUGUUUGGAUGUUGACAAGCAGAUCAUCAGAGUAAUAGCCUCUGCUGCUGCUUGUCCCUAGCACAUGACAUUCACAGGUAUACAGCCUCUGUCAUGGAGGUUCAGUUUCACUGUUGUGACUAAUAGCAAUUCAUGAGUCUGUCUUCCAUGAAUUUGUAUAGUUCCUCUUCAUAUCAUCUUAAACUAAAGGUUGCCGUUAUAUCUUGUGGUUGUGAAAAACUCCUGACAGGCUGACAUAUUGCAUGCUGGCUGGGACCGAUGGGAUCUGUAGUCCAAAACAUCUGGGUGGCAACCAUGUUGGGAAGGCUGUCCCUGGCAAUGGGAUGAAAUGUUUAUCUUGUUUUGAGUCAUGAUUAGCAUAUUUAACAAUACCCUCUUUAAUGAUACAACAAAAGAUGCAUUAAAUUUAUUUUGCUUCCAAAUAUGAACCCAUGGAGUAUAACCCUUCUAUGGUUACAACAGGGAUAGCUCAAGUCAAUAAAUCAGACUUUUAAUCUCACGGUUCUGGGUUCGAGUCCCACAUUGGCAAAAGAUUCCUGCAUUGGAGGAGGUUGGACUAGAUGACCCUCAUGGUCCCUUCCAGCUCUACAAUUCUAUGAACCUCCGACUAUCCCUUACAUAUAUCCAACUUCUUUUAACUUACAAAGGCUCUAGUAUAGCCUUGUGAAACCAGCUCAUUAUUGCUGCUGUUUUUAAGCAUAGUAUACUGUUGUUAUGUACCAAUGCUUAUUAUGUACAAUUUCUUAGCAGACAGAUAUGGAAGAAAGCAUUUUUGAAAGAUGCCAAAUGGACUCUAAAAAGAAAUUGUAAUGUGUGCUGUGGCGCUGCGGAGGUUUUUAGCCUUCAUAUUUAUAAUGCAAGUAUUUUCACUAAGAGUUGAUGGCACAUAUGUACUCAAUUUUUAAAAAAACAACUAUUGAUUACUUCAUUACUCUUCAAGGUUGUAAUCAUCAAGAAGCUGAUAUUGUAUAGGAAAUGGAAUUAAUUAGCUUCAAAUUAACCUUGCUCUCCUGUUGGAGAACUGCUGUAUACUGGGGGAUAUCCAGGGAUAUGACUCCCUGUUAUGCGAAUAACUGCAUGCAUGAUGUAACAGGAAAGGAUUCUGCAUUGUUGGUGGAGCAGUAGCUGCUGAAGUAAUCUUUCCUAUCUGCCUACUAUUUCUGAGGCUUGACUGGUGCAAAUGUCUUUAAGAAAUAGGAUAUGACAAAUGGAUUUCUUUUGCAGCACUUCUUAAUAAUACUUUCACAUCUAUACUGUUACCCUAACCUCUGGCAUAUGUUUUAACUCUAGCAUCAGCUAAAUUGUAAAGAAUGCAAUAAUGUAUUCUUCACUGUCAAAUUCCAUUGUUAAAUGCUUUUCUGUAAACAUCAGUGAUUUAGUUUCAACAGGUGAAAUCUGACAAUUGGAAACGUUGAAGGGGGUUCUUUCUGCUAUUGCUAAUUAUGAGCAGAGCUGGGGAAAUCCUAGAUUGCUUGUUACAUGAGGGAAUAUCUAAAAAUUUGAAGUACUUUCUUGCCUGGAUUAUGGCUAUAGUGUGUUUAGGAAAGGCAACAAAUUAUUUUGACUAUAUUAAUUUAGUCAGGUCUCUGGUGCUUUACUUUCUUUCCUCUUCUUUCGCUUUUCUCUUAUAGUCCAGUCUUUUCUGGAUCUGGUCGUUGCUCACAAUUUUAUUCUAUUUUUUGGCAUAUUGGUUUGCUCAUUCCCAUGAUUUGUUGCCAUCUGCCACAAUAUAUGUAUUCAUCUGUCUCACCACCUUUGUAUUUUUGGAUCUGCCAGCCUUGCUAGUGAAUAUUUGCUGUAGUUCUAAUGUAGUACCCCGUCUCCUUGUUUCUAUCGAUGGCUGUUCUUUUAGUAUGGCAACUUAAUAGAUUUUUUCUAUAACUAGCUACUAUUUAACUCUAGUUUCUUCAGUAGCCUUUUAGAAAAGUCUGGGAGAAUGUUCAAACCAGUUUAAGGUUGUGUGUUGUGAGAUUUGUUAUCCAUUUUGAUGUGAAUAGUUAACUAGUGCACCAAAACUGGGAGCCAUUACCUUUGUGAAAAGUCAUGAUGUGAAAAAACCCACAUAAACUGAGUCACAAUCCAAGUGAGCAUCCAAAGACAGUGGUUAUUCCUCUGCAUUACUUUCAACAGGAUGUGUAUAUCAGUGUGAUGGCAUCUUUCACAACUGUGAUGCCCUCUUUUUCAUGCUUAACCCCCACCCCACCCCCAAAUCACUCAGCAAGAGGUCAGGUGAACAAUGGUUGUGAACAGAUACAGGAAAUAGCUGCAAAAGAAAGGAAGGUGGUGCUUUUCAUGAAACACGCCCCCCCCCUUUGAAAAGGUAACUUUUACAACAAAAAUUGAAUUUUACAAAAAAUCAUUACAGUGUUCCAAGGGAGAAAAUUAGUUGAACAUUUUGUGUCCUAUUUUUACAAAAUAUUCAACAAGAGUCCACAUGGGUUGUAGUAAUUAAAAACUCAGAGGCUUAUCCCAGUUGGAGAAGACCAAGAGUGGGUGGUAUUCUGUAAUGAGAAUAAAUCUGUUGGCAUCAGCAAUGGUUUUUUUUCCAGCACCAUACUAACAAGCAUCAGUUUAGUUGCAAAAGGAGUUUGAUACGACUAUAACCAAAAGCACAGUGAAUGAUAGGACUAGGACCUGUCAAAAUUGUUCUCAGUGGUUUAGAUUAUUUUUGCCAUUUAUUAGCAGCAGCCUUUCAUCCCCCAGCCCCCAUUUUUAAAUCCUGUUUCAGAAGUCUUAACAGAUAAAUUGCGUCUCUCCUUUUGCCAGAACUACGUCUUGUAAAGAGUUUAUUGCUAUUACAUUGCCUUCAUAUUGCCAUUGCACAAUGACAUCACCAUGUUGUUCCUGGUCUGAUACAAUGAAUUAUAUAUACCCUGAACACCAUCAUGCACCAUCAUAUUCAGUUUAGCAUAGUGAUGUAAUCACAUAAUGGUAGCAUGGAAGUCUCAUGGCAACAUGCCUGUGUACUGUUUAGAAAAGGAUCUAGCAGCACCACUGGAAACACCUAAAGGGUGGGUGAGGAGAGGCAGAUCAGAUGUCUAAGCAGAACUUUGGGAAAUUUUAUAAGAAUUCAGACAAAAAUUAUGAUAAUAAUCCAAAUGAAAUUUUAAUACAAUCCUUCAGGUUUGGACACUAUUUUUUUUAAAUGUAGCAAACAUAAUUGGUCUGUAUUUAUGAAGCACCUCAAGUACGCCUUUUUCAAUUAGCUUUUUGACUAUAUCCAAUAUAUAGUAUUUUACAGUGAUACAUUGCUGUGUCCCUUUUGAUAUUUCAGGGUCCAUACCCAUCAGUUGAGUUUGGUCAUUUUAUAGUGCCCCCUGUUCACCAAUAUAAAAUGUCCUGUUUUGUGCUGUAAAGAGGACAGUGUGAGUAGGAUUUUUAAAACCAUAUUUUCUGUUGCUUCUAAUGCAGACUCAAGAAUGAACACUCCGUCAGAAACCAGUAAACCUGUAAAAAUGGAGAGUGGUGAUGGGGACACAGGUAAGAAUAAAAUAAUGGUGUGAUUUCCUAAUGAAUUCAUGGAUUUGGAAGGGGCAAUUUUAUUCUGGUCUGGUUUUAUAAUACAUUGAAGAAUGGUAUGUUACAGUAAAAUCCUAACCGUGUAUAUUCAGAAAUAAGUCCUAUUGAAUUCACUGGGUAAGUUGGGUUAGGGUUGCAGACUUAGCAGUGUUUUCUAAGUAUAUGAAACAGCACUUACUUCUUAGUUCUUUACUCAGUGUUUGUUUUGUAUGGGACCUAUGCAUUGGUAGUGUGUAAAUGUGGACUAGUAAUUAUCAUAGAUAUUGUGUCCUGGAGCCUCCAAGCAAAGAGCUGGCCUUGGCAGAUCCUCUUUUCAUAUUCUUUCUUAUCAAAUCCCCAUCUCUGAAUUUUCUUCUUGCACUAGAGAGACUGUUCUAUCUAGGAAGCAGUCAGCAUUCUGUGACACUGGUUAGCCACUUCCUGCCACUUUUGUGUUGCUGAUAGGGAUGAAAACACCACUAUCUAUGGAGUAGAAGCUGGGUACAAGGAGCUACUGAUCUGCUGUGACUUAAGGGCUAGAUAUUCCCAGUAUCUUUUUUCCUAGUACAGCUACCAAGUACUCAUACUGGUGUAUCUGUGUUAGAGCUCCUGAUGUUUUAUUUUCCUUAUGGCUUCUUAAUUGGCCCUUUUUUCAAUAUUGUAGUUGUCACAGCUCAUUCAUUAAGCAGGAUACCUUCGUCUUCUUCCCUGGGGAUCAUGUAACCUUCUAAAUAUGAAUAAGUAUACCCUGCCUCUUGACCCUAAAUGAAUUCAAGAUGGUGAUACGAAAUUCUGUGGCUGCUUAUGACCUUAACCUGUCACAGAAGUGUUUUUGCCAGUGAUAGCAGUGCAUCCCAAAAAUGUUUGUUGAAGACAUUGGUGUCCUUUGAAAUAUAAAAUGAUUAGCUUUUACAGAAACUGACACAGUAUUGAGGUGUUGUGAUAUGUGAUAUGGGUUCAUAAAGGGUAAUACCUACUUCCUGCAAUUUUCAUACAUUUGGAUGGGGCCCUAAUUUUGUGUGCACAUCUGUUACCAUCGUUGAGUUUGCAGAGCCAUCUGUUCUUGUAUGUCCUCUCCAUGCUUCCAGUUCUUUCUCACAUUGUAACUGUGUCCCCUAUUUCCGUUGAGCAUACGGCAGACCAUUUUUCUCUGGAUGACAGCCACUUUCUCGUUUCAUAGUAAUUCCAUUCCAAUGUGGUUUUUGCAUUUUUAAUCUUUUUGUACCAAUGCAGGCUAGAUAAGAAAGAUAUUUUAUUUUUAUUUCAUUAAAUUUAUGCACCACUUGAUUGUAAAAAACCCUGAAAGCAGUUUACAAGAAGAUAUAAGUAUUAGUUAAUCUCUUUGUGAUACAUUUGGAAGCAGGUUUUACAGGUAGUUGGUUCAUUGAGAAAACGUUAUCCUUUUAUAAAUGAGUUUGCAGUAAUUUUGUCUGUAGUUAACAACUGUGGUACUCCUUCAUUCAUUAUCAUAAACAUUAUUUUUCAAUAUUCACAUCGUGAGUAAAAUGAACAAGAAGCCAUGAUUCCAGGAAAGCAGGCUCCCACCUCAUUCUAACCUGUUUACUCACAAAUAUGUCUCACAAUAUUCUGUUGGACUUUCUUCCUGUGUGUUAGGAUUACAAUUUAAACAUAUUUAUGAUGAGGCCAUUGGUGUUGCAGAAAUACUUUUAACUGCAAGAGUGAUUGAAUUGGGAAAUAAAUGUUGAUUGUUUGGAAUUGAUUUCCUGAAAUGCACCACCAGCACUGGUUAAGAGAAAAUUUGUUUGAAGAUUUUUCUGGAAUGAUUUUAAUUCAAGCAAAUUGUAGUUUUGAAUUCAAUCUACUAAUGCUCUCCUGGUUUGGUUUGAGUUUCUUUAAGUAUAUGCUUAAGGCAAACAAAUGUACAUUGGUUUUUCUGCUUUUGCUAUCUUGAAAUAUUUUGAGAUUUGUUUGAGAUUACAAUUUGAACCUUCCCACUGGCCAAGUUAGCAAUUUUAUAAAUAUUGUGGAGAAAAGCCUUUUAAAGUAUUACAAAGCCUUGUAGUCCAUACAUUCAGCUGCUCCUGAAUCAUCCUAGGAUUGGAUGAACAAUUGUCAACAAACACAAAUAGCGUUCACUUUGUAUUUGUGACAACUUUUUACAUUCAUUGAGAAUGACAUAGAAGAUGCAUACCUAGACAUGACCAGCCCUAAAUGUGAACUACAUGAAUAUUUACAAUUUAAUUCUAGAGUUGUAUUAGUGUACUCACUAUAGGGGUUCUUUUAGGGAAGAACUACAUGUCAUAAGUGUCAUGAGGCUGCCCAAGAUAUAGUACAACACCCCCCCAAGAUAUAGUACAACAUAUGCCUUGCCCUCUUGUCAUUACGAUGUGUGUGAUCUUUGUACGGAUGUUAACUAACAAUGUGGAGCAGGAACAGAAAAAUGCAGGGCAAUAACCUCAGAACAAGAGAAGUUGUUGUAUUUGUUAUGCAAGGUAGGAGGGAAGAUUCAACCUGGCUCUGCUGUUUUGGCAGCAGCCAAUUUCUCCCUUAGUGCGGCUGCCUCUGCUCUGUUAUAGUUUAUAUAGUACUUCUGAAGCAUUCAGUGCAGGGAUGAGGAGGGGGGCCCUUCAGCUAGAGGAUUGCAUUCUGUUGUAGGCAGCUUUCUAGGGGCUACACACCACUGGUGGACAGAGUUAGAGGCAAAAGUGAGAAGAGCCCAGAUACCACUGUUACCUUUUUGCAGUAGGCUAUGUCCAAGCCUUAAGGGACGCGGGUGGCACUGUGGGUAAAACCUCAGUGCCUAGGACUUGCCGAUCGCAUGGUCGGCGGUUCGAAUCCCCGCGGCGGGGUGAGCUCCUGUUGUUCGGUCCCAGCUCCUGCCCACUUAGCAGUUCGAAAGCACCCUUAAGUGCAAGUAGAUAAAUAGGUACCGCUUUAUAGCGGGAAGGUAAACGGCGUUUCCGUGUGCUGCUCUGGUGCCGGUUCGCCGGAGCAGCUUCGUCACGCUGGCCACGUGACCCAGAAGUGUCUGCGGACAGCGCCGGCUCCUGGCCGCUAGAGUGAGAUGAGCGCACAACCCUAGAGUCUGUCAAGACUGGCCCGUACGGGCAGGGGUACCUUUACCUUUACCUAUGUCCAAGCCUUACAAAGUUGGAGGUUUGCACAUAAACACAGACAUUUUCCAUCCAGGCAUGCAAAACUCACUAUCGUAGAUCAAGGUCACAUUCCAGACAACUUGAAAGUACUUGAGGAUAGUGCAAAAUAAGGAUUGGGCGGGGUCAUGACAUAAGAAAUGUCCCAAGGGCCAGGCAGAGCCUGAGGGACAAUAUUUGGUCCCUGGCUCUGAAGUUCCCAGUCAGAUAUAGAAGCUGGAAGAGCUGGGUUUGGCUGCUGAAGUCCCCCACCCCAUGUCUAGUGUAAUGUAAGGCAACCUGAUUGUCAGCAGAUUAUUCAGCUCUGAGAAAUAUAUUUUCUCCUCUCUUCAGUCCUUGGAAGUAUCACCACCAUUGAUGUUACUCGUUGAGUUGAAUUGUGACUGAUUCAUAACUUUCUAACUGGGCUCAAAUAGACUGGGCUAGUAAGAGUUAAGCUGCAAAAGGAGAGUGGGGAGAAAAAGUAGAAACAUUGCUAAGUCUUUCCUUGAAAUUAGCUGUAGAAGUAUUAUGGGACUAGGAAAUGUUAUUUCCCCUCUUUCCCUUACCUGUUUACCUGUUAUUAUCCUAACUGGUACGAACACGGCUGGAAAGUUACACAAUUGUUAUGCAUCCUUCUUUGAUUUAAAGUGCCAAUUGAAGUGUGAACAUAGACACAAUCUCUAGGACCAGUAGCAAUGCCCUGAUUAUAAAACUCCCUCCUUUCUCAUAUAAGGUUCGUGCAAACUCUGUUGAGGAUUUUGCACCAGCUGAAGACUCAGUUCUUCACCAGAUCGUUGUUCAUUCUAUCUAUAUGUAUUUUGCACUGAUUUUAAUGUAAUCAAUACUGGGGUGGCUUUGGCAAUAAAGAACUGGUAAUAGCCUAUUUUAUUUAUUUAAAAUAUUUAUCUGGUAGUAUUAUGCAGGUUGAAUUUUGCCCAUGGGCCUUCAGUUACUAAUCCCUAGUUCAAUGGCGAAGCGAGAAGGUAUACACAGGGCCUUUUUUCAGCCCAAACUGACCGGAAAUCAGUUCCGGCACCUCUCAGGUGGGCACCAUUGUCAUAAUAAGAGAACAAGGGAGGCGUUCAUGGUGAGUUGCUCUUUUUCUAGAGAAAUAACACAGGGUAUACUGUAAUGUUGCUUUUACAGCUGUGUACUUUGUAGGAGAGAUUUCAGCCAGUUUUCUAGAGCUGUUUGAUAUUAUUUAUCAAGGUUGUAAGAGCCAAGAUGAUUCAAUAAAUUGUAGUUAUCUUCUGGUGGCCAUGAUGGAAGAUUGGCAUUAUGUCAAUUUAACUGCCUUUUAGGUUGCAUCCACAUGAUUAUGAUUGCUGCUAGGAAAGCCUGGGGCUGUAUUCAACUAAAUCAUUGCACUAGCAAUGCUUCUAGCAUAACCAGAAAUGCCCCCCUCCACCUGCCCCUUCCCCAGAUCUUCUCUGAAGAGUCAGGAGAACCCCCAAAAUGGGGUGUGUGGGAUGAAACGGUAGUUAAUUCUGUCAGGUUUAAAUACAACCCCAAGUAGGUUAUUCUUUUUAUCUCCUAAAAGCAGCAGUCAUCAAUGGAGCAGGAACCCCCACAUCAUUGGACAACCACCACACACAUGGUUUCUAACUAGCAGUCUCAGAGCCUGUGGGAUUCCAGAGGGGAAGAAACUUUUUAGAACGUUGUGCAACACAAAGUUAGGUGAAAAGCUGUGGCUUAAUACUUAUUACUGGUCCUCCAGCUAGAUCCAGUUCCCUGCCUCUUUAGUAGGUCAAAUGAUAGAAUUAAAAUUCUAUACCAGUGACUGAUACAUUAAACUUUUAGGGUGAUACCCUUAGCCCAUUGUUUUCAUUAAGUUUACUCUGUGUAUGACUUGGUUGGCUAUUACCCCAGUCUUUGUUUCCAUAGAAUAAUUCCACAGAGUUGUACUUUCUAAAUCAGCAUAAUUUAAAAACUGAUUAUUUAGCACAUUAAUACCAAGCAUCACUAGUAUGUCCUAAUUCUUGAAAUCAUUGCAGUUUUUUAUAGGCUCUGGCCAAAUGUUCCUAAGGGAAAUUCCCUGCUCGUUGCUCCGAUAUAUUGCCAUAUAUUUGGAAUGAGGAAGUGGACCUGCAACAAAAUUUGUUGCAUUGCUGUUUGCAGCAGUUUGCAAUGCUGUAUUCAGCAUUCCAGUUAUGCCUCUUUCCAGGAUACCCUGUUGUAUCCCACCAACCACCCAAUUUUCUGUUCUCCCACCAUUCAGCCAGUAUCCUGUGCAUUUUCAGAACUCAUUGCACUGUCUUAGGGGGCAGGGGAAUUUGAGUUCUCCCAAGUCUGUAAGUCGUCCUAUGCAUAGUUGCAUGAGGUCCAACACUCCAACAAUUGAGAUCGCUAUUAUAAUACAUUAUUACAAUCAGAUUUUUAAUUUUUAAAAAUGUUAUUAGUAUCCUGAGUUUAAGGCAUAGCAACUUACAUAAUAUUGACUCUUCCUUUAUCAAAACAAGUACAGUAUGAAGCCGAAUAAUACAGUGAACAUGGUUUUUUAAAAUAAACAUACCUGGAUGUGGACAAAGUGCAUGGAUUGGUCAGCACGACCGCUUGCGCUCUGGACCUUUGCCCCUCUUGGCUGAUAAAAACUAGCAGGGAGGGGACAGCUCGCUGGGCCAGGGAGGUGAUUCUUGCCUCCCUUCAAGAGGGUGUGGUCCCUGCCGACUUGAGGGAGACAGUGGUAAAACCACUUCUCCAGAAACCCUCCCUGGAUUCAGAAAUUACUGGUAAUUACUGGCCAGUUGCCACUACCCCUUCUUGGGCAAGGUUCUUGAUCAGGUAGUCAUAGAUCAGGUCCAGGCACUCUUGAAGGAAACUGAUUUUCUAGCUCCAUUUCAGUUGGGGUUUCUGCCCAGUUUCAACACAGAAAAAGCUUUGGUUGCCCUGUAUGAUGACCUAUGUCAGGAGAGAGACAGGGAAAUAUGUCCUUGUUAAUUCUUCUGAACCUCUCAGUGGCUUUAAUAACAUCGACCAUGGUAUCCUUCUGGAGCAGCUCUCUGAGUUUGGGGUGGAUGGCACCACCACUUUGUGGUGGUUUGGGUCCUACUAGAAUGGUGUUUCCAGAAGGUAGUCCUUGGGGAGUGCCCUUUGGCCCUGUAGAGCCUUCAGUGCAGGAUUCUCCAGGUUUCGAUUUUAUUCCCCAUGCUGUUUAACAUCUACACAAGUGGGGUCAUCAGAGUUUUGGAGUUUAUUGUCAGCAAUAUGCUGAAGACACACAGCUGUACUUCUUUACAGGUGUGGUAGUGGAUGUGCUGGACCAUUGUAUUGCCUCAAUAAUGGAGUGGAUGAGAGCCAAUAAACUGAAACUCUUUCUGGAUUAGACUAAGGCACUGUUAGUGGGCACUUCCAUAGACUUGAGGGUGGGAGGUGACUUGCUCUUGUGUACAUCUGGAUCCAUUGUGUCACUUGAGGCUCAGGUGACCUUGGUGGUGCAGAGUGCCUUCUAUCCACUUUGGCUAGUGGCUCAGCUGUGCCCCUAUCUGGACAGGGAUAGCCUAACUUCUGUCUCUGGUAACCUCUAGAAUUGGAAUACCAGUAUUGGAACAAAACCCACCCUCCUCUUCUUUCUGAAGGCAUGAGGUCGGAUUACACCAGAGCUUACAUAUUGUUAUAGUCCAUAUAAUUUAUGUAGUGACAACAUUCAAUACUAUUUUUGCUUCCAUGCUGUCUCGGUCUUACAUUGUUAGACAUAAGCCAACCUUUUAGCUUUUCCCUGUCACAUUUUGGAUGACCCAGCAUCAUAUUGAACUUAAGCUCAGCAAUGCUAAAUUCUUAAUCUCUUUUCAUUCCUCUUAUCCUUUUCUCCCUUAACCCCAGUGGUAUUUUGUAUUCAUGUUCUUUUCAAGCCCGUAAUUUGGGUGGCCAUGUUAGAUUUUGUUUUAUCCUUUUCUUCCACUAUUUACUCUCAUGCUAAACUUGUCAUUUUCAUCUUUAUAACAUUUCUAAAUCUUUCUAAUAUAGCCUUAGCCCCUUUUCUCCCCCCCCCCAACAUAACACGUGUCUUGAUUCUGCUUGAUUCCACAUGUCUUGAGGGUGCUGCCAGUUGAUUGUUGAGCCCAGGGGGGCGAUAAGGUGAAAAGGUGGUGACUUAGGUUUAUUGGCCCUGAAUUACUGCUCUUGCUGACAUGUAGAUAAAUUGGCAACAAAGGUGUGAAUGAAUCUACAGAUUUUUCAGACUUGACUUUUGAGGGGAAUUUUAAUAGAAUAUAUCUUUCUUUGCAUCCCCAGGCACACAGACAAAUGGCCUGGACUUUCAGAAACAGACUGUGCCUGCCGCGGGGGCAAUAUCUACAGCCCAGGCCUUCCUUGGACACCUUCAUCAGGUAAAUAUUUGUUUCUUUUUAUUCUGAAAUUUGGAAGGUAAUAUAAAGGGUUCCUCUCUCUCCGCACUAUGUUGGCAAAACCAGAAACAACAAAGUAGUGCAAGAUUGGUGUCUUCUUUUGGAGGUAUGCAUAGAGGCUACCAAAGCUUUAGAAAGAACAGCAGUGUCUUUUAUCUCAACAUAAGAAAGGAUGAUUUACAGGCCCUCUGAGUAGGCCCACAUUGCACAGUGUCUCAUAUGGCCAUUUAGAGGUCUUUGUGACCUAAAACAUAAUUUCACAGUACAUGGACAUUUUUUGUACAACUGGAUAAUAGAUGGGACCAGUUGACCGUAUGGGACUAGUAGGCUACAUUCAAAUGGGUUUCCAAAGAAUCAAAGCUAUCAUUCUAUGUGUCAACCUGUAUGGUAGGCAUAUCUGGAAAUAGAGCUUGUUUUCACCAUUCUAUGUCUGUCUUUCCAUUUUCUUCUGAGAAAUGUGAAUAUUCUUACCUAGGAGUGAGAAACGUUUUUCAGCCCGAGGGCCACGUUCCCUUAAUGGGGGUUGCAUGUCAUUGGCAAGUAGGCCUACAGGCAGAUGUGGGUAGAGACAUAGUGGGUGGAGCAAUUAAUGGGACUCUUACCUUCACACAGCAGGCAACUUUCCAGCCACACAAAAGCCUGUGGUUUCACAUCCCACCCCACCCAUUCACCAAUAUCAUUCAUUCUGGCAAGCAAGAGGCAUGGACAGACUUCAUUAUACAUUAUAGCCAGGCAAAAGCAGUUCAGGAGGCUGUACAGGUAGGUUUGGGUAUUUGUGGCCUGGGCAGAGUUCUGCAGGCGGGGAGUCCUUUCCUCAGAGUACAGUGGUACCUCUGGUUACGAACUUAAUUUGUCCAGAGGUCCAUUCUUAACCUGAAACCAUUCUUAACCUGAGGUACCACUUUAGCUAAUGGGGCCCACCACACCAUUGCCGGGCGAUUUCUGUUCUCAUCCUGAGGUAAACUUCUUAACCCGAGGUCCUACUUCCGGAUUAGUGGAGUCUGUAACCCGAAGUGUUUGUAACUCGAGGUGUUUGUAACCCGAGGUACCACUGUACUUGGAAGUAUGCUUGCCUGCUGAUUUCCUGACAAAACUUGAAAGCCAUCUAAUCUGAAAGGACUGUGACUAAUGUGUUUUCUGUCUUAGAUUUUGACUCCAUAAGAGUCUUUCAAGCUUGGGGAGGGGAGAGGGAAGCAACUGAGAAUCCCAGCCCUUUGUCCACCUCCUCUGCCUACUCUUUUUGUGUAUCACAGCAGCUACUGAGUUGGUGGAGGCAAGUUAGGUUUCCAAGCCCUGCUGCUUCUCCUCCCUAAACAAAACAUUGUUUCCAGGCUCUGAGAAGCAGAUGAAAAAUGUUUCCAUUCCCCACCCAUCUCAGGUGUUGCAUUCGAAGUAGGGAAGAGCAGCUUAAGUAGUGCUCUGUGUUGCCUCUUUCCCUUUUGAAUCUGGUCCUUUGGGUUUUUGUUUUUGUUUUAGUGAUGAUGAGAAACAUUGGUCCACCAUAACCUUGGAGUUGCCUGAAGGAGGGGCAUACCAUUCUUCCCAUAAGUUCCUGUUGUGGGUGUAGGCAGGUUUGUUGUCCCCAAAUUGGUUUAUACUCUUCUUCAUAGGAAUGAAUGGCAGCCGUUUACUUAUAUACCCAGGCUAGGUAGCACAUAACCACUUGGGAACAUUGGACCUACUAUGCCCUGAGAGAAAGCAUCAGACAGGAAACUCAGGCCAAGAAGAUAGUUGCAUCUGCUCCCAAAGUCAGCCUGUGAAUAUUUUGUACUGCUUGCUUAUGUUUAAUAUCUUAAAUUGCAAACCACUCUGGGCAGCUUGGUCAAAAGGCAGUAUAUAAAUGCAAUAAAUAAAUACAGUAGAAAAGAAGGGUGUGAACUUAUGGUUACCAUGAAGGCGAAACACCAGAGAGAUAAAACAUGUCUCCUGCUGGUUCCAGUGUCUUAAGAGGUCAGAUAUGAUCCCUUAUUAACAGACACAGAGACUUCAGCUUAUCUGCCUGAUUUGAAGUCAGUAGGAACCAUUUGAAAGCAGAUCUAGCUAUGUUCUGCACAUGUCAGGUGUGCCUUAAUCACUUUCAUAUUGCGUUACUUGCAUUUGGCAUGGGGCUGCCUUUGAAAAAGUAUUCAGAAAUCAGUUGGUGCAAAAUACCAAAGGUUUCCCCCCGCCCCAGGUAACUUCUGCUUUAUUGGCUUCCAGUUCAUUUCAAAGCCCAUUUUAAAAGUGCUGGUUAUUGUAUUAAGAGCUACUAAUAAAGCCAAUGCAAUUUCAUUGCACUUAGGUUUGAGUAGUGAAAUAUUUUUCUCCGCAUCAUUUAAAAUUUAUUUGCUGUGCUGCUUGAUGCUGCUGUAUAAAUUGUGUGCUUUAUUAUGUUGUUUCCAUUGUUGCUGCUGCUGCUUAGCAGCCUUGGGGAAUAAAAAUAAAUAAAAGAAAAUAUUUGCAUAGUCUCACUCUUUCAUCUUUCUAUACUUGCCUUGGUUCCUAUAAUGUUCCUUAAUGUGGAGUGUGCUUGCAUUUUGUUUGUUUUUGUGUGUGUGUGUGUGUGUGUGUGUGUGUGUGUAGAAAGAGGAAAGUAGAUAGGCUGGUGAAUGGUGAUGCUGACAUGAUGGCCAUAAUAUGCACAAGCAUGUUCAGAAGAGGAAGACCAAGAGGAUAAAUGGUCUGGAAGCCUAGCUUUAUGAGGAACAAUUGAGGGAGCUGGGUCUGUUUAGCCUGGUAAAGAGGAGACUGAGAACAGAUAUGAUAGCUAUCUUCAAAUAUAUAAAGGAAGAUGGAGUAAGCUUGUUUUCCCCUGCUAAAGUAGUGGCUUCAAGUUACAAGAAAUGGCUUCAAGUUACAAGAAAUGAGAUUCCAACUAAACAUCAGGAUAAACUUUCUGACAGUAGGAGCUGUUGGACAGUGGAACAGACUUUUCCAGGAGGUGGUUGACUGUCCUUCCUUGGAUAUUUUUAAGCAGAAGUUGGGUGGUCAUCUGUCAUGUAUUAUUCCUGCAUCACAGGGGGUUGGAAGAGAUGAACCUCAGGGUCCUUGCCAACUCUGCAGUUCUUUGAUUCUAUAACACUAUUCUUUCAUGCCUUUCACAUAUCAUUAUCACUCAUGCACAGUCCAACAGUUGACCCAACGGUUUGACCCUCUCGACCAAACAUCUGCCUGUCAAAAGUGUACACCACCCUCUGCCCCUAAUGCUUGCAUGCUGAAUAAUUUUUAAACUUAAAAGGCCGUUUGUAAACCUUCUGUACCCCUGAGCAGCUAAACCCUGAGCAGCGUUCAUGUUGAGCAGCUGAAGCCAGUCUCCUUAUGGCCAAUAGCUAUAGAGUUUUCAAAGGCAGCAACACAUAUUUACUGAAAGUUGUUCUAUUUUCUCAAGCUUCACUGAUUCAGCCACUACUUCCUUGCAGAUCUGUAUAUUAUGUGCUUUUAUUUAAUACUUCGUUCAUCUCUUUAUCAAAAAAUUCUAAAAGAUAACAUACAGCUGUCCUUGACUUUAGCAUGCUAUAUUUUUUAAAUCUCAAGUGCCAGGGUAUAAUGAAUCUUGAACUUUGAAGUGGCUACUGUGUUUAUAUGUUUAUCCUGAAUUGGCAGUUUCCCAUGGUAAAACGAGCCAGAGUCACCUUAUCAUUCCAUCCCUGUGCAGUAUUUUUUUUUUUUUUUGCAAGGCACUAUUUACAGCAGAAAGUUUUUGCUUUGGAGCAACUUCAGCUCAGGCUUUGGUUAAAAUGGGCUUUUAGGCCUUUGCAAUCAGUACCUAAGAGGCCUUUGUUCAUAAGCUUAUGCUGCAAAAAGAGCUGAAAAGGCCAAAAACUGGUAGUUUAUUAACCUAGCCAAUUCUCUAAGACAGCUGUGCAUGAUGAUGCUUUGGAAGCCUUUCUCUAAUUAAUAUGGUUGCUAUCUCAGAAUACUACAGGGCAGAAGAUUAAACUGGAUGUUGGCACUGGAGAUAGGAGCUUUUUUGGAGACAAAUUGCCUGCUUGGUGACAGAUGGCAUGUUGUAAUCUUGUAGAAUCUAACCCAGAAAUGUAGGAACCAUUUGAAGACACGGCAUAACACUUCCUUGUAUUGUUAUUUUGCCUAGGUUAUGCAAAAGGUAGCGUUGAAUUAGUACUGUGUCACAGCUCAUGGAGUGCAGGCUAACAACAUAUCUGUUUUGGAAUACCUUUUCAUAAAAGUUGCAUUCCUUUUUUCUCACUUGACUUUGCACCUUCAAAAUCUGGAUAAACUGUGGCUACUCCCAAAAGUUUUUUGUUUGUAAAAAAACUGACAUUCAAAGUUAAGAUUCCACCUAAAGAUUUUAAAUGGAGCAGGAUAGUUCAGAUACCUUGCCAAACCAUGGCUUGUCAUGAUGCCUGUAGCACCACCAGCCAUCAGUCCAUGGUUUGUGAAUGUCCACCAUACCAGGAUUUUUGAAAAGUUCAUGUAGUCUGGUUUCUCUUCAGAUCGUAUAAAUCCUUUGCCUUUUACUAAAGGAUCUUUGAAGAGACCACUGUUUGGAUAAUAUCUGGGGAUUCUUGGGAAAGGCAAGAGGAGAAAGUAACCCCAAAUCAUUGUUUGCCUGAACCUCUGGAAUGCAAAUUAUCAUUUAGAGUAUAAGCUAUAGUUAUGGCAAACCAUGGUCUGGCAUUAGAUCAGAAUCAAUGCUUUAUUUUUUUAAAUUCUAAUUAUCUCAGUGGUCUUAGGUGUUUCAAAAACUAGAGAAACUUUCUUUUUCGUCUAUUUUACUUCUCUCCAGUUUUGUGUUUUUAAAAGUACAUCAUUUUUAUAGGUUCAGCUCCCUGGAUCAAGUUUACAGGCUGCUGCCCAGUCCUUAAAUGUACAGGUAAGUGCUUUUGCGUCUGCAUCAACCUUUUUUCCUUUCUACUUUUCUUUUUGCAAUACCAGUGGGAGAGUUUGGCAGCCAUUAACAAAUGUUGCUCAAUACAGAAGUCCUGUUUGACAUUAAAAGAUGUUUGAAAAACUCCCAAGAGUUGGAGCUGAAAUAAGAUGGUCAGCAUGGCCUUACUUUAAUCACUUCGGGUUUUUCUUUAUAAUAAUAAAGAUUUAUAGUUAAAAUCUGAAACUGGUUGCUCUUCUGUUCUCUGCAAGAUGCAGCUGGCUGCUUAAGCUUAAUUAUUAUUAUUAUUAUUAUUAUUAUUAUUAUUAUUAUUAUUAUUUAUGUAUACCCUGUCAAUCUGGCUGGGUUUCCCCAGCCACUCUGGGCUGCUUCCAACAAAAUAUUAAAAUACAGUAAUCCAUCAAACAUUAAAAGCUUCCCUAAACAGGGCUGCCUUCAGAUAUCUUCUAAAAGUCUGAUAGUUCUUGUUCUCUUUGACAUCUGGUGGGAGGGCAUUCCACAGGGCAGGUGCCACUACUGAGAAGGCCCUCUGCCUGCUUCCCUGUAACUUGGCUUCUCGCGGUGAGGGAACUGUCAGAAAUGUACUGGGAAUCAUUGUAGGUCUUUCAAGACCGGUGUUUUGUGGUCUCGGCGGCCUCUCCCAGUCACCAAUCUAGCUGCCGCAUUCUGGAUUAGUUGUAGUUUCCAGGUCACCUUCAAAGGUAGCCCCACAUAGAGCGCAUUGCAGUAGUCCAAGCGGGAGAUAACCAGAGCAUGCACCACUCUGGUGAGCAGUUCGUAGGCAGGUAGGGUCUCAGCGUGCGUACCAGAUGGAGCUGGUAAACAGCUGCCCUGGACACAGAAUUGACCUGUGCCUCCAUGGACAGCUGCAAGUCCAAAAUGACUCCCAGGCUGCGCUCCUGGUCCUUCAGGGGCACAGUUACCCCAUUCAGGACCAGGGAGUCCUCCACACCCGCCCGCCUCCUGUCCCCCCAAAACAGUACUUCUGUCUUGUCAGGAUUCAACCUCAAUCUGUUAGCUACCAUCCAUCCCCCAGCUCCUAGCCCCUCUAGACGGUCCAGAAGGAUGUUAUGGUCGAUGGUAUCAAAAGCUGCUGAGAGAUCCAGCAGAAGUAGGGAACAGCUCUCACCUUUGUCCCUAGCUUGCCGGAGAUCAUCGACCAGUGCGACCAAGGCAGUUUCAGUCCCAUGAUGAGGCCUGAAUCCCGACUGGAUGCCUUAAAGCGUUAUAAUCUACUGCUUACUGCCUUUCAUUAAAAUAUUCAGGCAAUACAUCAAAGGGGAAGGAAAAUAGUAUUAUUGUGAAGUGGCGUCAUUCUCUAUGAGUGCUAAGGAACUAGGGUAGGGCAUUCUUGAAACCCCCUAGAACAUGCACCUAGUUACAUAUGAUAAUUUUGAAAGGAGGCGAGAUAGUGACCUUCCUCUCUAAAAGAGAGAGGCUGAAAAUUGCCUUGGUUGCCAUGGCAAACUUUGAGUCCCUGAGAGAGAUGUUGGCAAACAGGCUAUAUCUCCAGUGCAGAAUGUUUACAGUCCUGUGCUGUAAUUAUCUCUCAAUGACUGGCAGAAUUAAUCAGAGCCUCUAUGUUAAUUAGCCUGCUCUGCAGUCCCCAAAACAGGUGGUAGAAAAUAUGCAAAUCUAUGCAGAAUUUUAAUGUUCUGCAUAAGCAGUUUUAAUUACCAUAAACCCCCUCUCCUUGUUUUUCCUUUUCAUGUGCUUUCUCACUUGCAUUUUUCCCUCAUGGCUACAGUAAUUUCAUCUUUCAUAAGAUGGUUUUAAAUAAAUGAACUGUGUUUGCCUAUAUAAAUACCAAAUUCUGUUUCUUAGAGACAAGAUGUAUGGUGAGUGUUUGUUUUUGUCCCUGGAUGCAAUUCAGCAUCUAAGGUUUUUCAAGCUAGUACCUUGUUUAGUUUGAAAUACUAUUUUUAUGAAUUAUUAUAAAAUGUAUAAAAGAAAAAUCUACUGCACUAAUCCAAAACUUGCAUGCUACUGAUUACUGAGUUUCACAUUGACUAGGAAUUGGGCAGUUUGGUACAGGUCUGUGCAGAUCUGUCUGUAGUAUGGCAAUGACUGGGAAAGCUUAGAAACUUUAAAAGCCGUGCCUUCAAAUCAAGCACUAAAUAGGAAAUUUUCUUGAACAUAUGUGCAUAUGUUUUGAGGGGGCAGAUCUGGAGGCCCUGUCUCUCUCUCCAACUACAGUCGAGCCCCUGUUUUUGUUAAUAAUUUGAAGUAACAGCAGCAUUUUUUUCUUCCAUUCUGAUACGUGGAAAUAUUGGCUUACGGCUGCAAUACCAAAUUAGCAUUUCUUCCCCCCACCUGUUAUCUACAGUUACCUAUAAAAACAAGUUGUUGAAAUAAGCAGCUUUUUAUCUUAUUGAUAACCAAAAAUCUUGUUAAUAUCAUCCCUCUUCAUAUUACAAUAAACUAUGAAAAUGGCUGUGUCUACAUUGAUACCCAUUCUGUUCUACAAAAGCUUGUAUAUUUUCUUUCCUAGUCUAAACCUAAUGAAGAAUCUGGGGACAGUCAGCAGCCAAGCCAGCCUUCCCAGCAGCCUUCAGUACAGGCGGCCAUACCCCAGACCCAGCUCAUGCUGGCCGGAGGACAGAUCACUGGGGUAAGAUGAGUCGAAGUGAAUUGUAAUGAGCCACCAACUCAUGUUGUUGUAUUAGACAGAGUAGAUUGUUGCUUUAUCAUUCCAGGCGAAUGUGGCCGGAGAAAAUCUCCCUUUUGGUUUUAUGGGUCUCUCAGUGGCAUUUGAUGCUGUGGAUUAUGGUAUCCCAGUCCAUGGACCUACCGUAUUUUUCGCUCCAUUGGACGCACCAGACCAUAGGACGCACCGGAUCAUAGGAGGGGGAGAACAGGGAAAAUUUUUUUUUUCUUGUUCUCCCCCUCUAAAACAAGGUGCGUUCAAGGUACAUUCACCAGAGCUUGUGGGGCUGGCGGUGGGGGGAAGCGCUGCUUUCCCCCACCGCCAGCCUCAAAGAUCCCUGAAGCCUUUGGAGCGCAGCACCCCGCUGCCCUGCAGAGGUUUGCGCGCAGCCGUCCCCAAGCUAGAGCAGCGAGACGGAGCUCUCCGUCUCGCUGUUCUGGCUUGGGAACAGCCUUGCUAGCUUCUGCAGGACAGCGGGGUGAAGGCACCCCGCUGCCCUGCAGAGGUUUGCGCGCAGCCGUCCCCAAGCUAGAGCAGCGAGACGGAGCUCUCCGUCUCGCUGUUCUGGCUUGGGAACAGCCUUGCUAGCUUCUGCAGGACAGCGGGGUGAAGGCACCCCGCUGCCCUGCAGAGGUUUGCGCGCAGCCGUCCCCAAGCUAGAGCAGCGAGACGGAGGGCUCCACAGUGCUCCGUCUUCCUGUUCUGGCUUUGGGCUUAGCGGCGCAGCCUGCAUUCGCUCUAUAGGACGCACACACAUUUCCCCUUAAUUUUUGGAGGGGGAAAUGUGCGUCCUAUAGAACGAAAAAUACGGUAUUUGCUUCUAGGCCUAUAUUGUCUGAGUUCAGCCUAUCUGGAGAAAUUGCCACAUCUCUUUGAGAUUUGCAGGAGGAAACCUUGUGCUAUGUCCUCAUACCAUGAGAAAAGUUGUCUUCUGGAGCAAAAGUAGAACCCUCUCCAUUGUAGCUUACCUUCUUGGAACUUUCUAUCUAGGGAGGCUCUGUUAAUCCUGCCACCACUAUCUUUUAGAAAUCAGGUUGAUAUAUUAGAAAUUAGUUGAUACAAUUGUAGAUGGGGAGUAGUUUUUAAAUUCUGUAAUUUUAUAUUUGAUAUAGUGGUUAUUGCUGUGUAAUCAAUCUGGAAAGUUGAUAUACGCAGUAUGAAACCUACCAUAUCAGAUGCUAUUUCUCUACUUUGCUGAUGAGCAUAAGGGUGAUUUUUAACACAGUAUAUUGAUUCAAGAAGGCAACAAAUUAUAGCAAAUUUCUUCUCUUAGAUUAGUUGGGGGGGGGGGGACUGUUUGUCUUGCUCCAGGGGUAGGCAACCUUAAGGCCCAUGGGCUGGAUAUGACCCAAUUGCCUUCUCAAUCCGGCCUGCGGACGGUCCGGGAAUCAGUGUGUUUUUACAUGCGUAGAAUGUGUCUUUUAUUUAAAAUGCAUCUCUGGAUUAUUUGUGGGGGCUGACUGGUGUUUUUACAUGAGUAGAAUGUGUGCUUUUAUUUAAAAUGCAUCUCUGGGUUAUUUGUGGGGCACGGGAAUUCGUUCAUCCCCCCCCCCCAAAAAAAUAGUUCGGCCCACCACAUGGUCUGAGGGAUGGUGGACCGACCCACGGCUGAAAAAGGUUGCUGACCCCUGUCUUGCUACAUAUUUGCUUUCUUCUGUGACCUCCUAGUCACAGUGAAGAGGGGGAAAAAGUUAGUAUCGCUGUUACAGACAAUGUCUUGGUCAUAUUUAUGACUAUUUGAUCAACCAUAUUACCAAAGUGCUAUUGUUGAUAUAACCGCACUCUUAAGUUUGCUGAAAUUUCCGUUUCCAUACACAAAAUGAGGUUUAAAUCCACCUAUUAACAGUUCUCAUUGGAUGGAGAACUCUUUAUGUAAGCUAUUAGUGUUUCUUUCAAUUGCAAAAAAAAGUAUGCUACAACAACUUGGGAGACUAAAAACUGAUAAAUCACUUCUGCUAUUUUCAAAAUUUGAGACAUGCAAUUAAUCAGAGACUUUUCUCCCUAUAUUAUUUAUCUCUGAAAGGUAUAUGUAACAUGUAAAUCAAAUGACACUGCUUUGAAUUUAGUUCUAUUUAUAGGCAUAUAGAAAACUGCUUUAUACCAACUCAGAGCAGUGGUCUGUGUACCUUAGUAUUGUCUAUAUUGACUGGCAGUAUUUUCUAUUUAUGCCAGAUCCUUCGCCAUAAAGCUCUACAAAUGACUGUUUUCCAUAUGUAGUGGGCCUUUACUGUAAUCUGAAUACAGGUUUUUUCGUGGCUUUUACUUGUAGCACAUUUGUAUAAGCAUACAGUAAAAAUUAGUCCAAAUACAUUAAGUGUCAUUUUGCCUAACUGCUCUUUGCUACAUUGAAACUAGAUCCAGGUCUUUGAAGGUAAGGGCUCUUUCUAUACAGAAACAGGGAAGAAUAUUCAUGUAUCGAAGGGAGUCUAACGCCACCUGUUUCAUAGAGAUAAUGUGUGUUUGGAAACCUGCAGAGAUGUCAACCUACCAGCUCAAUCCUAUCAAAACAAAAAGGCAGACUGAAGAGGGGGGUUGACUUGGAGGGGAACAAAUGGUGCACAUGUUCCUCAGCUAUAUCUUAAGGCAUAAUGGAAAUGAUGAAACAUGCCAGGGAUUCAUGCUAAUGUGAAGCAGCUGGAGUAUUAUCAGUUUGUUUGGUAACCACAGCCAGUAUUGCUAUUUCUCAUUCAUCUGGCUAAUCGCUUCUGCUUCUGGUGGGUGUAAAUUUCCUUUCAAAGCCUGUCAGUGAUGGCUUGUUCUUUUGCUUGCUAUUUCCUGUCAGUGCUGUUUCUUUCCAUUGAUUGCUAGCUAAUUACCUUUUUCACAUUAAUAUUGAAGCAGUGCCACAAUAAUGCAGUGGUCACAAUGAUACAAUGCUUAUGCCAGUACCAUUUAGAUGAGGUGAAAUAUAGGUUGAUAGAUUGCUUGAUUUUUAUCUUACCUGGAAUAAACAUCUGCUCCCUGUAUAUGGUGGCUUGUUUGAAGGCAACUGGUCAGAAAUAAAUAGCAAUGGUUUGUAAAAGGCAUGAUGUUUCGUUUUAUUAACUACUGUCCUAAAACUUGUUCCUAGCUCACGUUAACACCAGCCCAGCAGCAAUUAUUGAUACAACAGGCACAGGCACAGUUGCUGGCAGCUGCAGUGCAGCAUUCAGCCAGUCAGCAGCACAAUGCUGCAGGCGCCACCAUCUCAGCUUCUGCUGCAACGCCCAUGACACAAAUCCCUCUAUCUCAACCGAUACAAAUUGCACAGGUGAGCUUUGUCUUUCGAACCAUUGAUCAUGUUGGCCUGCCCUAAUAUGUCUCUUUUGUUACUCUUUUGUUCGCAGUGCAACUGAAUAAGGGCUUACAAGGCAGUGUUUUGAAUACCUUGGCAACAUAGUCUGCUUGGUCCUCUGAUUUCCAAAGACCACACAUCCCUGUUACAGAAAGCUACAAGUUUCCUUUUUUAAAAUGCAGGCAUGGCAACAUUCAGGUCAAAUAAUCUGGCUCUUAUAAACAGUUUUUACAUUUGAGCGCUUGCUCUUUCCACUCCACUUGCUUUCCUCGUUGCCUGAUUUUUGCAAGCCACAAUUUGGUGUGACAUCCAAAGUGGGUAAAUUAAAGUUUAUGCAAACCAUUAUUUUCCCAUUCUGGUUUGGAGACAACCAUGGUUUGAAAUGAGUUUCUAAUUCUGGUUUAGUAAUAACAUGUAGUAUUUCAAACCCAGAAAUGAGAGAGGACAUUGAAGGGAGGUUGUGGACACAAAGCUGUUCACAAGAACCAAACCAUGAUUCGGCUGUUAAAUCUGAACGAGACUCGCAUAUGCAGUUUGGUUCUUGAUCCAACUCAGGACUUCAUGGCAACCAUGGGGCUGUUUCAAGUGAUCAUUGACCUGACACACAAUGCAGAACACACUCCUGAUUUGGUUUUUGCUCCUGGUGGUGAGGUUGGAUGCCUGGAAAUAAGGAGGUGUUUCUGUGCCCCUUUUGUCAUCAUCAGACUUCCUGGUCUGAUGCUGAGCUGACACCAGUUCCCCCCUGCAGGGGUGGAGGACCAGUUAGGGUAGACCACUUAGGAAUUCCUGAAUGCUAUAGGUAUUUUCUGAUGGGUGAAACAGGCAAACCUGCCAAGGCCCUCGUUUCACUGGGGAAUGGUGAUAUGUGGAGGGCCAUAGAUAUGGUUCCUUCUGAGCAUCCUCUCAAAUGCUGUGUUAGAGCACAUAAUCAUGCCUACUUUGCAGUAGUGAAAGCAGCAAGGAGGGCCUACUUCACUGUCUCCAUUGCACCAUUGAAUAACUGCCGUAUUUUUCGCUCUAUAAGACGCACCAGACCACAAGACGCACCUAGUUUUUGGAGGAGGAAAACAAGAAAAAAAAUAUUCUGAAUCUCAGAAGCCAGAACAGCAAGAGGGAUCGCUGUGCAGUGAAAGCAGCAAUCCCUCUUGCUGUUCUGGCUUCUGGGAUAGCUGCGCAGCCUGCAUUCACUCCAUAAGACGCACACACAUUUCCCCUUACUUUUUAGGAGGGAAAAAGUGAGUCUUAUAGAGCAAAAAAUACGGUACAUAGCAGAGUUCUUCAGAGUGGUCUGUUGGCUCUGGACCCCUGUAUUAGUGAAUGGAGCUCAGGAGCCCCCAGGGACUUUUGCUUUCUAGACACUUUAGAGAAUGAAGUCACUCAACUCCAUAAUGUACUUGAUUCCAUGAUUUAUGCAGCUCCAAGUGAGAUUUCCAGUCAUCCACUAAGCCUUUUUGUGAGAUCAGUUUCAGUUUUUGCAGCCUGCCAACAUAAACAAGGUGCUUGGAAGUAUGCUCCUAUUCGUGGGGGCAGACUACUGCCAGCAUAUAGCUCCUUGUCUUUGGAAUCUGCAUUGGCUGCCAAGCUGCUUCCAGUCCAGGCAGCCAAUACAGAUUUUGGUACUAAUGUAUAAGGCCCUAAGCAUCUCUGGACCAAGUUAUUUGAGAGACUGCCUUACCCUCCAUAUGCCCAGCAAGUUACUUCUUUGCAAUAGGAGCUGUUCUUGAAACCCUAAAAAUAUGAGUUCUAGCCAUGACAAUAUGCUGCAGGGUUUUCAAUGCUACUGUUUGUGUAACAGCAUCAUAAUUUCCAGAAACAAUUGAAGACAUUCUUGUUUCAACAAGCUUUUCCAGCUAGGUGUGUGUAGGGAUGGGAACUAGGUUUCUUGCCUAUCUUUAGUUGAUUUGUGUAUUGUUUUAUUGUUGAUUUGUGUAUUGUGUAUUCUCAGUGAUUUUUAGUAUAUGGUAUCAAUCACUUUGAGAUGUACAAUAUAUGAAAUCAAUGUAAAGUUAAAUUUCUUGGACUUGUGUUUGUAUGCUGCAUACACACACACACACGCCAAUGAAUUUUUAAUUAUUUUAUUUCUAGUUGCGAGUCUCCAUGUGAACUCUGCUUUUGAGUGGCCUAUAAGUACAGUUAAUAAUUCUGGUAGAACAUGGUCACAAGGAGCAAAAAUGAAAGUUGAGAGCCAGUGUAGUAUUAGAAUUAAACCUGGGAGACCUGAGUUCAGUUACCUACUCAUUGGGUCACUUAGGACCACUUCCUUACCUGUCACCUUAACCUACCUUAUAGGGUUGCUGAUAUAUAUAGAUAUAUAUAUAUAUAUGGAGUCCCUCACUUUUUCCACUGCAAAUUGGAGUACCUGGACUUCAUCAAUCGGUUAUAACAGAGCCCUGCUUAGCUUGUUUGGAUUACUAUUAUAAAUACAUUAUCCAAAUAAUUGUUUGUUUUUAUAGCCCUGUUCUUGAAUAAUUGAUUCACUGACCUGAUCUCCAUUUCAGACACAUCAUUAUAUUUAACUGAUUUUACACACACAACUCUAGCUGCGAUCAUCGCAAGAAAUCUUCUGUGAGAAUAUGAAUAAAUGAAAUAAAUGCUAGCAGGGUUUUUUCCUAACAUUUAUAUAGUAGUAUUUAUAGCUCUCUGUUCACCUACUGGUAAGGCAGUUUACAGAGCUAAUACAAAUUAUACCACAUCCUGAUAGCUAUAAUGUACAUAACAAAACACAAUUCAGCAUGCUGUGAGGAAAUUGUUUUUCAUUUUUCAUAAUAUGUUCUUACCACUCAAGUUCUUGCUAUCUUUUUUUUAUCAUGGUGGUACAAUGGGCUAGUGUUUUGAGUCUGUUGGCUUCUUACCAGACCUACAAAAGCCAUCAAGUCAGUAGGAUUCCGAGAGUUAAUUCUCUGAUGUGUGAAACAUGGUUGAUUACUGCCCAGACACCAUAUUGUUCCAUGUUUACUUCCCCUCCCCCUCCCCCUCCCAUAUGAUGAAUAUGUCCCCACAUAAACAUUGUGGGAUUCACUUCUGUGGGUGGGACAGACUAGGGCCAAGAGGAAGGAGAUGGUAUGUACUUUCUCUCACCACUGUUUUGUAGCUGCUGCUUGCCUGGAAGCAGAUGUAUGAUAAAGCAAAGGCAGAUUUCCAGUAGCAUCCCUCUGCUUGUACGAUGCAGCUGGCAUAAAAUUCCAGCAGGUCUCCUUAUGAGCAGGGUUGAUGAGCCUGGUGAGCUGUUGAUGGCUGCACUAGUCAUUUCCUACCAAAGCCCCCAUCACCUGCGGAGGGCAGAUACAAAAACUGAAGGAGCCUGGGGACAAGCAGAGCUCCGUGGCAGCCUAAAACUUCAACAUUUGCUGAUGCUAAAAUUUUGUUUCUAUUAGUGAAAUUGAUGAUAUGCUGAAAACCUCAAGAGGAGGACUACAUCCUUAAAUCAAUACUUUGCUGUUGUUCCUUCGCGUUAGCAACUUUUUCCAGGUCAUUCUAUGAUUCUAUGAAUUAGUAUAUGUUCAUUUUUUUAUGUGCUAUUAAAUUCAGAUGCCCUGUGUUUGCAGAGUAAGAAUUUUGGAUCACAGUUCUUUUCCUAAUGGGUUUGUCUUGCUUUUGAAGGGGAGGGAAUGACUGUUUAAGUUUAAAAAACUCUUAAUUUCGUUUUGCUUCUUCAAGGAUUUGCAGCACCUGCAGCAGCUCCAACAACAGAAUCUCAACCUGCAACAGUUUGUGUUGGUGCAUCCAACAACCAACUUGCAACCAGCACAGUUCAUCAUCUCACAGACGCCGCAGGGGCAGCAGGGUGAGCAAGACGUUUCCUAAAGGACUUAGGUUUUUUAUAAAGAUAUUUUGUUGAAGGCAAACAAGCAACCAGAGGUAUUUAAUACUCAGGCACGUAAAUUUUAGGGAAGAUGUUUGUUACUAUAGAGUAGGGACCAUCUGGGUGAAUAUAUCCAUCACAUGAGCAGAAGUCCAAUAAGUAUGCAGGCAUGGCUUCUCUGGAAUCCUUAUCCUUUCCCUUCUUUAAUAUAGUACUCUUUUUCCCCUUUUUUACAGUUUUGGAAAUAGUCAGCAUACAGGACACCUCUUUUCCCCUAUAUGCCUUUAUUUGGGCUAAAACUUUAGGCUACAAAAAUUCAUUUUUAAAAAUUCUGUCCCACCUUUUCUGCAGUUGCUAGAGUGCUUCGAGUGUCAUGAUUGUAAUGAACGUAAGAAGAGUUCUUCUGGAUCAGGCCAAAGACUCAUUUAAUCUAGCAUCCUGUUCUUACAGUGGCCAACAAGAUCCCUAUAGGAAGCCCCUACGCAGGACCUAAGUGCAACAGCACUCUCCCUUCCUGUGAUUCCCAGCAACUGAUAUUCAGAGGCAUACUAUCUCCAACCGUAGAGUUAGAACAUAGCCAUUGUGGCUAGACGCCAUUGAUAGCCUGAUCCUCUGUGAAUUUGUCUAAUCCUCUUUUAAAGCCAUCCAAGUUGGUGGCCAUCACUACAUUUGUGGGAGCGAAUACCAUAGUUUAAACUAUGCGCUAUGUGAAGAAGUACUUUCUUUUGUCCUGAAUCUUCCAACAUUCAGCUUCAUUGGCUUCCCCAGAGUUCUAGUACUAUAUAAUAGGGAGAGUUUUCUGCCUGCCACACCUAAUCUUAUGCACCGCUCUCACGUCCCCACUCCCACCACUCAUCUUUCCCCCCUAAACUUAAAAUCCCUUUAUGUUUCCUCAGGGGAGUUACUCCAACCCCAUGAUCACUUUAGUUCCCUCUUUUCUGAAUUUUUUGUCCCAGCUGUGCAGUAUCCUUUUUGAGGGGAGGUGACCAGAAACUGUACACAGUAUUCCAAGUGUAGUCUCCCCAUAGAUUUGUUAUAACAGCAUUGUGAUAUUGGCAGUUAAAUUUUCAGUCCCUUUCGUGAUGAUCCCUAACAUGAAAUUCGCCUCUUUCACAGCUGCCGCACACUGGGUCGGGUCAACAUCUUCAUCGAGUUACCCUCUACAACCUCAAGGUCUCAUUCCUGGUCAGUCACUGCCAUUCAGACCCCAUUAGCGUAUAUGUUAAAUGAGGGGUAAAAAUUUGCCCCAAUGUGCAUCAUUUUACACUUGCUUACAAUAAAUUGCGUUUGCCGUUUUACUGCUCUUUCACCCAGUUUGUAGAGAUCCUUUUGGAGCUCAACAAUUUGGUAUUGUCAGCAAACUUGGCUACCUCACUGUUCACCCCUAACUCCAGGUCAUUAAAAAGUAAAAAACAAAGGCCUCAAUCCUUGUUGGCCUUCACUUUCUUCAUCCUUGCAUUGGGAGAACUGUCCAUUUAUUCCUACUCUGCUUUCUGUUUCUUAACUAAUUCCUGAUCCAUAAGAGGACUUCUCUUACUCCAUGAUUGCGAAGUUUAUUCAGGAGUCUUGGGUGAGAUACUUUUACCUGCAGCCUUUUGAAAUUAUUAAGUCAACUUUUGAAAGUAGUAAGACAGCAUGUCAACUGGAUCACUUCUUCCGAUAUGCUUGUUGAUACUCAAAGAGAACUGUAAUAACACAGGACUUUCCCUUGCAGAAACUAUUCUGGUUCUGCUUCAGCAAGGCAUAACAAUUCUUUCCACCAGUUUUUGUGGAACAGACGUUAAGAUAAUUGACCUGCAAUUUCCCAGGAAUCCCAACCCCACCCCAGAUCCUUUUUUAAAAAUCCACUGCCGAGUCCUCAGGUAUGGAGGUUGAUUGACAGUCUUCAUAUUUUUGUUAUAAGUUCAGCAAUUUCACAAUUCAAAACUCUUGGGUGCCAUCUGGACCAGAUGAUUUCUCAGUUUCUAAUUUGUGAAAAAGACCUAGAACUUGUCACUACCAUUUGCCUCACUUCUUCAAAAAACAAAACUCUCCAUUAAAGUUUGUUCAGGCACAGGUGUCUUCCCUACAUCUUGCACAGUGAAGACAAAUAAUUGAUUCAGCUCCUCUGCAGUCUCCUUUUACUCGUUUAGCACAUAUUUGUCUCUUUCGUCAUCCAAAGGCCUGACUACCUCCCUAUGCAGACACCUGCUUUGAAUGUAAUUUUAAAAAAAAAUGGUCAGUCCUUGUUUUUAUCAUUUAUUGGUUUCAUUGGUUUAUUAUUUAUUGGUCUGUCUGUCUUUCUUUUGGACUAGACUUCCAUUUUCUGAGGGAAUCCUUCCUGCCUCUGAUAGCUUCCUUGACUCUGCUCUUUACCACACCAGCAUCUUAAUGAUCCUGGUUGUACCUUUCCAGAUCUGUGGAAUAUAUUCUAGCUAGGCUUCAAUUAUUGUGGUUUUGAACAACCCUGGGGAUUCUGGAGAGACCUGUCCCUCUUGACUUUCAGCUUCCAUUUUACCAAUCACCUCAUUUUGGCAAAGUUUCCUCCUUUGAAAUAAAAUGUGACUGUGUUGGAUUUUAUUGGCAAUUUACAUAUAUGUUGAAUUUGAUAGCACUGCGGUAAUUGUUUCCAAUCUGCUUAACACAUCUUCCACCUGGUCCGGAGUUUCACUUAAGUUCUAAGUCUAGGGUUGCCACCCCUCUAGUUGGUACAAUGACCACCUGUUAGGAAACAGUCAUUUAGGAUAUCUAGAAAUUUUAUUUCUUUUUUAUUACUAGAAAAUGCAUGUAGCCCAUUAUAUGCGUAGGUUACUGAAAUUUCCCAUUACUGUAGCAUUUUCUCAUUUGGAUGCCUCCUUGAUUUAAUCCUUUAUUUCAAGAUUACCCUGGGCAUUUUGGUCAGGGGGAUCCUCAGUGCUAAAUUACUUUUGGGAGCUGUAUAAUGCCCCCUCCCCCAUUUCUGUGAAGGAACCUGCCCCUUUUGGGGUUUCUAGCUUGUUGGACUUGUGUUCUCUCUGUUAAACAGAGCAGCCUCAGCUCUAGACCAUGUAUAGAGUCUGUAUCCAGAGAUCAUCAUGUCCCACUGGCACUCUCCAUUCCACUAAGUUUCCAUUAUACCCACUGUAUCUAUUCUGUCAUCUAACUUGGCUUGUCUUCUAGUAUUAUCAUAUAAAUACUUCUACAUAGUGUCUUCAGCACAUGUGUUACCCUACAGUGCAUCAAACCUUUGAAUUGCUAUCAUGUGGCCCUGCAUUCUCAAUGCCUAUUUCUGUCCCUCUCUCCUCUGAAUACGGGUAACUUAUGGACGUUUAACUUGUACGAUUUAACUUUGCACAGUUGAAGGUGGUCAGUUGAAAUCACACAAAUGAAAAGCACAGAAGGCGGGAGCUUAAAAGCUCUUUUUCACAGCGUUUUCCCAGUGCAGAAAGAGCUUUUGAGCUGUCAGACUUGCUUACUGGGUUCUGGUAGAUCUUGCAAGAGCUUCCCAGAGCCCAGUAAGCAGUUCAGUUCCUUAGUUUUUUUGGGAAAUGAUAUACUUGAAAUAGAUUUCCUUCAGCAGACUUCUGCAUAAAAUACUAAGGAGCUAUAUGGUCUGUGCCCAUAAGACACCAUACUGCAGUAAAUCAGUUUGAUCAAUAGCAUUUAUGUAAUUUUUAAAAUUCAUGUCUCCUCUCUUUCAGGUCUCCUGCAAGCGCAGAAUCUCUUAACGCAACUACCUCAGCAAAGCCAAGCCAACCUCCUGCAGUCUCAGCCAAGCAUCACUUUCACCUCUCAGGUCAGUUUUCGAUAAAUUUUCUUAUUCCUACUUGGUGGGGGUAGGAUGAGAGAAUUCAGGCCAUGGUGCAUAGCAAAAUUUGUCCAUUUUUAUUAUUCUAGGGAGACAGUGAACUGGUGGCUACCUCUCACUUAAGAGAUUGUUGACAUAUUCUAAAAACCUUUGCACUUGUGCUGGAAAAGGUUGAGCACAGUGUGCAUGUGUCAUGCUAUAUUUUACGUAUCAAGAAAUUACUGGAAAAUGUAUUAACACAUGUGGAAAGCAAUGAUUAGAAGUCUAGCUACUGUCAGAAUAGGAAUUGUGCUUAGAUGCAACUUCUGAACCAGUCCUAAGUCCAUCUGAUAACACUUUGUCACAUGCUAAAAAGCUUUAUAGCAGAAAAGCCAUAAACUCUUUCUGGAGCUGUUUUGGACUUUUGGGACUUUACUCUUCCCACUCACCCCUUUGCUUUGUUCAGUCAUUCUCUUUUUUGCAUAGUGAGAAUAAUUGGGAAAAAGUGUACUUCAUUCUUAAGCAGAAAAAUUAAAGGAUCAGGAGAAAACCUUUGUUUUUAUUGUCCUUUUAAAAGAAUUGCUCUGUCGAAUAAAAUUCCCUUUGAGAAUACUCUAAAUUGCAAUACCUAUUUUAGAGUUGAAUACAAUUAAAAUACAAUGCGUAUGCUAGAAAAUAGUAGAUACUAGCAUUUACCAAGAAAAGCCAUACUUUUUUUCUUAACCAUGCUUUAUUUCGAUAUGUUUUCUGACUUCACUCUUUGCUUUCUUAUAUUUCUUAGCAGCCAGCAACCCCAACACGCACAAUAGCAGCGACCCCUAUUCAGCCACUUCCACAGAGCCAGUCAACACCAAAGCGAAUUGAUACCCCCAGCUUGGAAGAGCCCAGUGAUCUUGAGGAGCUUGAGCAAUUUGCCAAGACUUUCAAACAAAGACGGAUCAAACUUGGAUUCACUCAGGUAAAAUGGAAGAUUUAAGAUCCCUUCACAAUGGGUAAAAUACCAGUGUUCAGAUCUGGAAGGACAGGGUCUAUAUCACUUUUCCUAAUUUGUGAUGACUUCUUAUGUAGGCUUUUAUUAGUGUCUGUGGAGGAUUUGUGGAUUUCCAAGUGAAAUGCAUUUUAAUUAAUGUCAAACAAACAUAAGCCACCUUAUACCGAGCCAGACCAUUGGUCCUUAAGUUCAGUAUUGUCUGCAUUGGCUACUAGCAGUUCUCCAAGACAGGAGAACUCCCCCGUUCUACCUGGAGGUAGAAGGGAUUUUGCAUGCAAAUCAUGUGUUGUACCAUUGAACUACAGAGCUGCCACUUCGGAUGGGUUCUGUACAGAAACCACUUUAGUCAUCCAAAUGGAUUAGCUUUGCAAGGAGAUCAAGGUGAGUUUACCCCUACGAAUUCUCCUGGACCUUUUGGAAGCUUUUGGUGCCAUCAUCCACAGCAUCCUUUUGGACUGCCUGGCUGGGAUGAGAGUGAAUGGCACAGUUGUUUUAUUACUACCUGGUGGGUCAGGUUCAGAAAGUGGUACUGCAAGACUAUGGCUCCACACCAUAGCAUGUAUCCUGUGGGGUUCCAUAGGCUUCUAAUUUGUCCCUCUGGCUACCACUGCAUCACAGGUAGGCAAACUGUUCCUCGUGACUCCUAAAGCUGCCCCAUUCCUCCAUCCCAUCAAAGUUCUUUCCUCCACUUUCCCUUUUUUUUCCUUGCUCACCUCCCCACGCCCACCCUUGGAGCAGAAAUCUGAGAAGAAAUUGGUGGGCUGCUGCCUUGUGUGCAUUGUACUGAAAAGAAUACCUCUAUACUUAUUUGAGAACACCUCCAUCAAAUCUAGUGAGGUUUGUUUCUAAAUAGGGCUGAAGAUCAGAGUUUCGGAUGUGGUGAGUCCAUGGCCUUCACUUUGUACACAGAAGUAAAUAUCAGUGGUAUAAAAUUCUUUUUACAAGCUUAAGCUGGUGCACAUGCUGUGAUCCUCCUGGGCAAAGAUAGCCUGACCACUUUUCUCUAUGAGAAAAGUUAUAACCAAAAUGACCCAUUGCAACACACUUUAUGGGAGAUGAUAUCUCAUCAGUUCCAAAAGAGCUCUGUUGGUUCCUUAUACAUUUCUAGGCUUAGUGCUGAGCGUUGUAGCUAUAAAGGGCUUUACAGGCUUUCUUAAGGACUGUCUACUCCUGUACAAAUCUGUCCAUUUCUGAGCUCACCUGAGGAUGCCUUUCUUAAGGUUCCCCCACCUUUUGAGAAAAGCAUGGUAGUAAUUAAGAUUGGACUUUCCCUGUAUUGACAUAAUACUUUGGGCUUAUGAUGAUAUUUUUAAAGUGGUCUUGUGGGUCCAUACAUACAGAAAAGCAAUGCUAGGAAAGGAUCAUCAUAAUUUUCCCAAUAAAAUUUGUUUGAGCAGACUUUAAAGAGAAUCAACUUGUUUAUGUUAAGCAUAUAUGGAUGAUCCAUGCUUCUGUAGCUUUUUCAGAUGUAUGCACUUGAAACUCCAUUGAAUGUAUAUCCUAUGUGACAACCUAAUCAAUCUUUCCUUAACUGAGAUGGACAAAAAUUCAAUUGUGGAUGGAAGUUCAUCUCCCCACCCCCCCAAGUCAAAGGGGCACCUUGUACUUGUCUGUUUUGCAGCAAAACAUUGUACCACUAGGAUGCCAAACAGCAUAGUAUUUACUUAACAAUUAUAUUGCACAAGCUAUAUACAUAAUUAGUUUUUAAUGAUAGUGAUUGCUUAAUUAUGUGAGAGGAUAGUAAUUAGAAAACUGAAGUAAUAAAUGUUUAAUUUCUCAAAGUGUGUGUGUGAGAGAGAAUUAUUUGCCGGUGGUACAGUUAGUUAUUUUCAGAUGCUUAUAGAUUUAUUGUUCUGUCUUUCAGAAAUAAUUACUGGGUUCAGGUUUAUAUAGAAGACUAAUAGACUAAUUGCCUAUUGCAGUUCAAUUCUCAAGUUACAAAAAAAUCAAAAGAAGACUUUACAAUUUAAAAUAAAUAUUUAAAAUAGGAGCUUAAGUGGUAUGGUCAUUAGACUCCUCAUUGUAUCCAAAGGUGGUGGAUGUCCUACAUAAACAAAAAUAAUUCAGUUUGUUAACCCAAUUGUUUCCCAGCUGUUGUCAGUUUGAUCUGUCAUGAGUUGUACAUGAAUUAAAUGAGUUUAUGUACUUGACCCUCAUACUUUGUAUGUGACUAUAUGCAGAGGCACUCAUUCAUUGAGCUGAGAUCCCUUAAUGUUGGAAGAAAGUGCUUAACUUCACUUAACUGUUGGACUUGAAGGUUGUGGAAACUGAUUUAGCCCUCUGUGUUGAGGCAGAAUCCCUUAAACAGUUAAACCUUGGAUCCUGAACACCUCCGUUUCAGAACAUUUAAGCUCUCAGACGUUUUUCAGAAGCCGAACAUCCGACAUGGCUUCCGCUGAGUGCAGGAAGUUCCUGCAACCAAUUGGAAGCCGUGCCUAGGUUGUCCAACAUUUCGGAAGCCAAAUGGGCUUCCGGAAUGGAUUACAUUCGACAACUGAGGUUUGACUGUACAUAACACUUCACCAGGCCUCCUCACCAAACAGGGUGCAGGUCAGAGCCUUUGACCAAGCACUAACUUUAAAAUUUAGAAACUGUUCAUUGCUAAUCAAGUAAUUGGCCUUUGAAGAUGCAGAAUUUGGUGCAUUUGGUGACCUGUAGAUAACAUCUUUAUUCCUUCUUGAGCAACACUUUUGCAAGAUGGUCUAUCUUUUACCAAUUUUAAAGCAUGUGUUGGGUAUAAAUUUGUCAAAAGGACAGUUUAAUUCAGUGGGAAGCUAGCAUACGUCUAUCAACAAGACGGAAGAAAUCUGAGUGUGUCUCCGUUGUAUCUGUCAAUAGCUUUGUAAUGAGAUUUAUUUUAUUACAUCUGUCCUAUAGAAGUAUGUUGUUGAGCAACUUUUUUUAUUCCCAUCUUCUUUUCUUUCAACCGUGCAGGGUGAUGUUGGGCUCGCUAUGGGUAAACUCUAUGGAAAUGACUUCAGUCAAACUACUAUCUCUCGCUUUGAAGCCUUGAACCUCAGCUUUAAGAACAUGUGCAAGUUAAAACCACUUCUGGAAAAGUGGCUCAAUGAUGCAGGUGAGAAUUUCCUUAAAAAAUUCCUGAAAUACCGCAGAACAACUCUGAAUUUCGUAAAGAUUUUUAUUCAAAUGCUCGUUGUGGUGGGGUUCAAUUUUGUUAUACUUACAACAGAUAUUUUCAUUCUGUUCAGUCUGUUAUGCAAGUGGAAUAGAUUGAAGAAGCAUAAAUAGCUACUUACUUGAGCGGUCUUUCUGAAGCGUUUGUACAGCACUGGCUCUGAUGUGAAAAUAAUUGCACAUAUACAGUGUUUUCAACCGCAUAAUCAUAAGCUUACUCUGGCACUUUUUAUUCUUAAGACCAAAAAAAUGCUCAAAAAUACAUGAGCAAAAAUAUUGGCUGGUGCAUAUAAAAAGUUAGCGGCUAACCCAAAAUGUGGCAAUUAGGUUUGAUCAAACCUUGUCUCCUUCAGAUAUUGAGAACUGACUUUCCAUCUAAGCUGUAUAGUAUGGCUUUUUAAAUAGCAAGUACUGUUAGUUUCAGUAUUUCUGCUACAUAGGACCCAUAGGCUUAGAUACUUUCCACAAAUUGAAGGGCUCAGUCUGUUUGCAGAAUGGCUUUCGAUCCAAUAGUAGGGUGCCUCAACUCUCUUGAGCAGAUUUGGAGGAGGGGAGGAACAGGGGGCUGCUGGGAGGAGGGAUAAUUGGUGAAACUUGAUGGGAAGGUCCCAUGAGUGGAUUUCUGCUCAAGGCAGCUUGAGAUCCAAGCCAUAGAAUUUUGGGAUAUUUGUUUGUUUGUAUACUACCUUUCAGGACUAUACAGUGGUUCACAUUAUAAAGGAAAUUAAAUUACAAUAUGAAAUACACUAUGUACAAUACAGUGGUACCUCGGGUUACAUACGCUUCAGGUUACAUACGCUUCAGGUUACAGACUCCGCUAACCCAGAAAUAGUACCUCGGGUUAAGAACUUUGCUUCAGGAUGAGAACAGAAAUCGUGCUCCGGCAGCGCAGCGGCAGCAGGAGGCCCCAUUACCUAAAGUGGUGCUUCAGGUUAAGAACAGUUUCAGGUUAAGAACAGACCUCCGGAACGAAUUAAGUACUUAACCUGAGGUACCACUGUAACUGCAUGAAAUACACAACGUACAAAACCAAUAACCCCACAUCACAUACAGCAAAUGAAUAAGGUCAGCAGAGGCAGGCUGCAAACCCCUUAACUAAAGGCCUGGGAUACAUUUUUAACUGGUGCUAGAAACUAAUUAAGGUGGGUGUCAGUCAGGUCUGUAAGGGAAGGGCAUGCCACAAUCAUGGUACCUUUAUUGAGAACACCCUCAGUUAUGGGAGUGCAGUCUGGCAUCAUAAGGCCCAGUGCUGGUCAUUCCUAGGUUGAGGAGGAGGAGGGGCCAUUACAUGAGUUAAUGUGUAGUUGUUUAACCAAGUACUGUGAGUGGUACCUUUUAAAAAUAUAUUCUUAGCAUGCUUUAGUGACCGUGACUUGUGUUGACUGUUUUCAGAAAACCUCUCAUCAGAUUCAGCUCUCUCCAGCCCAAGUGCCCUGAAUUCCCCAGGGCUGGGGAUUGAGGGCUUGAACCGCAGGAGGAAGAAACGCACCAGCAUAGAGACCAACAUACGUGUGGCCUUAGAGAAGAGUUUCCUGGAGGUUAGUCAGUCUGUUGCACUGUGUGCUACUCUAACAACUGCUGAGUAGUUUCAGCAUAGCAUGAAAUGAUAAAAUGGCAUAAGAACAAUUAAAUAACAUUAUAAAAGACUAUAUUACCUGACACACUAUAUGAAUCACUUGACCUUCUGUCCUUCCCAUGUAAGAAGUAGAAGAGGAACUGGUGCAUCUUCCCUGCUAUGAGAGAGAUAUUUCAGAUGUAUCUGCAACAAUUAUAGGUAGCUGCUGGCUUUCAUUGUUGCAGCUUCCCUGUAAAAUGGGAAUUCAUCCUGUGUCCAAACUAUAACUGAGCUCUUCUCUUCAAAUUACUACUCUUUCAGAACCAAAAGCCUACCUCGGAAGAGAUCACCAUGAUAGCUGACCAGCUGAACAUGGAGAAAGAGGUGAUCCGCGUUUGGUUCUGUAACCGGCGCCAGAAGGAGAAAAGGAUUAACCCACCGAGUAGUGGUGGAACCAGCAGCUCGCCCAUCAAAGCAAUUUUCCCUUGCCCAACUUCAUUGGUAAGAAUUAACUUAAGUUAUACCAGACUGGAAGAAAUUAAAAUCACUCCUAUCCUCCUGGUAAUGAGGUUGACAUAAUGCAGAUUUCAAAAUCUUAAGUUUUUAUCUUUAGUGGUCACUGCUGUGUUCAGUACACCACCUAUUGCUUCUACUUUGGUCCAUAUUGAAGAAGACUUCCUCCAGAGGGCUUUGAGUACUAAGCGAGCCAUGAAUUGUUGCUGGAUUGAGCUGGGUGAUUCACAUGGGUGUUUGCGUUAUACAUAAGUUAUACAUAGCUUAAUGAUUUUCUCACUACAAGUAGCACUGUAGUAUAGUUCUAAGCUUCAAUGAAUGAAAAUCCAAAGCUAUAUAAUAGUAUGUGUUUGCUAGCUUCUAUAUUUGUAGGUAAGUAGUAAACAUUUAAAUCUGAUUUCUUUUCCUUUCUAAGAAAGCUUAGCUGUUUUGUUCUGACCUCUAGGUGGCAACCACACCAAGCCUUGUGACAAGCAGUGCAGCUACAACCCUGACUGUCAACCCUGUGCUCCCUCUAACCAGCGCGGCAGUAACUAGUUUGGCAGUCACAGGUAAGAGAAUAUUCAGACUUCCUCAGCGCAGAAGUACUUGCUAUUACAAAGACUAAAAUUUAGUGACCUAUUAUGUCAGAGAAUCACUGGCAUCAUUUGUAUCCAGGGUUGUUUGUUAAGCAACAAGUUUUAAUACACUCAGAUCUAAGAUAAACAGUGCCUUUUGGGUUCUGUUCACAAUACUGUACUAACACACAGUGUCCACUGAGUUAAUCAGUCCUCUUUUUCUUACACUUUCGCGCAUUGCACUUUCAUUCCAUUCCACUGUCUUGUAGUUAUAGGUCUCUUCUAGGAGUAUUAACUAUUUUAGUCUGAUUGAAACCAUCCUUUCAGGCACCACAGAAACCAUCCCCAACAACACAGCGACUGUGAUUUCUACCGCACCCCCGGCUUCCUCAACAGUGACAUCACCCUCCCUGAGUCCCUCUCCUUCUGCCUCCGCUUCCACUUCUGAGGCAUCGAGUGCCAGUGAGACCAGCACAACACAGACAACCUCCACCCCCAUGUCCUCAGCAAUUGGGACCAGCCAGGUGAUGGUAACUGCUUCUGGGUUGCAAACAGCAGCAGCGGCACUCCAAGGAGCUGCACAGUUGCCUGCAAAUGCAAGUCUUGCUGCCAUGGCAGCAGCAGCAGGACUAAAUCCAGGCUUGAUGGCAUCCUCACAGUUUGCAGCUGGGUAGGUAUCUGCCAUUCAUAAAAUUUGCUUGCCAUUUUAACUAUCUAGCCUUCAGGCAUCAGAUGUCAAUACACUGCACAUUUAGUACCUUUACUUAAAAAUAAGUGCUGUUUGAAAAUAAAGAUUGCCUUAAUUCUUUCUUUUAAUUCAGUAGUUCAGCCCAUCAGAGAUUAUUGGCACUUUUCAGGUAUAAAAAUGUUUGAAUGCAAGUUUUUACAUUUCUUGCCACUUUUAAGAUCAAUUUUAAAGAAUGCAACCAGUCAAUAAUAAAUCCUAGGUAGAAAUGUUGCUGUAAGGAUCUGCGUCCGUUUUUGUGAUAAACAAUGGGGGAAAUUCGAUUUGACUUUUAAAUUCUAAUUCUGUGUCUAAGACUGCUCACCUGGAAAGUCGCUCUGUCUUCAGUUUGUUUUUGUUUCCUGUUUUGGGAUUGCAGAGGUGCCUUACUCAGUCUCAAUCCAGGGACACUAGGCGGUGCUCUCAGCCCAGCUCUGAUGAGUAACAGCACUCUGGCAACUAUUCAAGGUCAGUGGACUUUCACCAGUCUUCCCAUGUCUGUUAUGUUUGUGUUUUUCAUAGGGUUCUUUCCCCCACAAAGAGAGAAAGAGAGAGAGAGAGAGAGAGAGAGAGAGAGAGAGAGAAGCUGCAAAUCCUAAACCUCCUUACUUGGAAAUGUCAUACUGGAGAGACUUGUUUCUACAUAAACAUUUACCUUUAUAUAUUUAAAUCUCCAUCAACCACACAUGCACACUUCACACUCAUGACAAUGAAGGGGUGACAUAUUUUAUUCCAAACUCCUUUUGACAUUCAGAGAUAAUAAUUAGUCUGAGUAAAAUCAGUAUAUGAAAACACCCUUGUGAGGAUUUUCACUUAGAAGCCUCCAGGGAAAUGAUCCACCUUUAUACAUCAGGAUCCUCUCAGACCUUCUUUCAGGAAUGAAUGCGACACAGUUGAAGGCUGUCACUCAAACACUUGUGAGUUCCUGAUACAUUGGUAAGAAACCUGAAGCAUCAACUGCAUGAUUGCUAUUGCCUCUUAUCACUUUAUAGGAGGUGAUCGUUCAGAGAGGCAGCCAACACAAUUCCAGUGCCAUCCUGAGUCCAGAGAAGCAGACUAUUAAAUCCUAACCUAGUCCUUGGGGAUAAAAUUUCACCCCAGUGCAUUUUUUGAAAAUCCAAUGCUGUGUAAAUUCUGCAACAAUGUAGUCCAUCUAAGACAUUGUUGCCUGCACAGUCAUAAACAAACAAGUACAUUUUAUUCAUAGCGAUAUGUAGCUCUUUUACAAAAGAAAAGUACAUAUAUGUGCAAAUGUUCUCGGUGUACAAAAAUUCCUUUUAUUAAUAUUCAUAAUCAAGCACUUCAUUUGUUUGCAUAUAUUUCCCUCCACCAAACCAAGCUAGCGACUGGUCAGGCUUUGCAAGUCAACAAAAAAGCCAGGCUGUAAACUGAUCUACUCUUAAUAUGAAAUAUGAAAUGAUUCUUCAAAGUGAACAGGUACUCCAUGAAUUAAUUAUCAGAGCACAGAAGGUGAAUAAUACACAAUGGCUUAAGCAUUCUUCAGGUGGUUGAAAGGUGACUUCAUAUAUCUUUAUGCAUGAGCCUUUAUAAUACUUUAAUGCAGGGUUUGGGGAAGUUUUUCAGUCCCAGGGCCAUUCCCUCAAGGAGCCUUGUGAGGCCCACAUGCCACUGGCAGGUGAGGCCAGAGGCAAAAGUGGGCAUAACAAUGGAUGUGACUUUUGCCUUUGUGCAGAGUUUGGAAAGUUCAAAGGUUUCAGUAGGUGCACACACUUAGCCAUCGCAUCUCUGCAACCAGGCAAACGAAAGAGGCAUGUUUGCAGUUGAAGGAUGAAUUUCAGCUAGGCAAAAGCACUCCAGAAGGGUGUGGAGCAGGGCUGGUGAGGGAUGUAGCCUGUGGGGAGGGGCAUGACACAGGGACAGGAUGUGGCCAGGGGAGAGAGCCCCAAGGGACACGUAGAAAGGCCCCAAGAACUGCAUUUGGGCCCUGGGCCUGAGGUUCGCCAUCCCUGCUUUAAUGGGUCUUCACGGCACCUGCCUUUUCCUCUGUGGUGAAAAUAGUUUAUUUAUCUGGAUAAUAAAAUGGUCAGUUCUCAACCCUCAGUCACUCUAAAUCCACUCCAGCUUUUCCUCCUGAUGUUGAGAUGCUUCGUUUACUAUUUUUGGAGGGUUUGUGUGUUUGUUUGUUUGUGUGUGUGUGUUAGCAUCCAUUGGUAAUCAGAAGAAAAACUUCAGUGCUGCUGAUGUGUGGGGCUGUGAAUGCUGACAUUUUCCUCUGCCCCUCUCUAGCUCUUGCAUCUGGUGGCUCUCUUCCAAUAACAUCACUGGAUGCAACUGGGAACUUGGUAUUUGCCAAUGCUGGAGGUACGCCGAACAUCGUCACUGCUCCUCUGUUCCUGAACCCUCAGAACCUUUCACUGCUCACCAGCAACCCAGUUAGCUUGGUCUCUGCAGCUGCAGCCUCCGCAGGGGCCUCUGGACCAGUUGCCAGCCUUCAUGCCACCUCCACCUCAGCAGAGUCUAUCCAGAACUCUCUCUUCACCGUGGCCUCGGCCAGCGGGGCUGCCUCCACCACUACUACUGCCUCCAAGGCGCAGUGAGUUGGACUGAGCUGUGCUUACCCAUAGCCUAUUUUACUCUGCAGUGAGAUGGGCUGCCAGCUGGGUUUACAAACUGCAAAAUGUGAUUGGUUUCCUCUCACCGUGUUGCUGGGGACAAGGGAGAGAAGGAAAAAUACAAAAGGAAAAAAAAAAACCAAGAAGAAGGAUUUAAAACUGGGACAAACAUUUGCCUAAUUUUAUAAUAAACACUGUCUUUUCAGGAUUGCUUCAUUGACUGGAGAACUUUCUAACCAAAAAUGUAUAAAACAAAAAAGGACUACUUAUCAUUUCCAGCAGUAUCAAUGACAAGUUAAGGUGGGUUAUCAACUCAAACGUAGGAAUGGGAUUUCUUCUUUCUUUUUGAUCUAAAUAUCUUUUUUUAAUUAUCAUUUAUUGGUCUGUUGUACAGGCCAUAAUGUCAUACAAGGUGUUUAUAAUCUUAUCAAUCGUGUUGGGGGUUCCUUUCUUAACUGGUACAAUUUAGGCAGG